GAGGCGGCGCGGGAGGGGUUCAGAGCAGCUGGCGAGCAGCCGCCCGGCCUUCCUUCGUCUGCUUUCCUCUGGGUCUCUAUCUCUCUCUCCCUCCAAGCCCAUUGUCCAGCCGAGCUGCCCGCGGGGUCUCCUCUGAUUGGCUGCGGCGGGCGUCGCUCGGGCGCCCCCUCCCCUGCCUGCCUCCCUCCCUCGCGCCCUCCCCGGCGGACCAGCCCUCUCUGCGCUGUUGCAACCUGGGCGCAUCUGCCGCGCUCGCUCCUGCUGGAUGCGGAGGGCGCCGCUGCCGCCGCCGCUGCUGCCGCCGCCGCCUCUGCUGCAUGGGGGAAGCGCCGCCCGCGCGGCAUUGUUCCCCCCUCGGCCAAGAGCCCCCCCGCCGCCGCCCCCCCCGGGCAAGAUGAUGAAGUUUCGCUUCCGCCGCCAGGGCCACGACCCCCAGCGGGAGAAGAUCAAGCAGGACCUCUUCGCCUUCAACAAGGUAGAGACCCGAAAGACCCCCCACCCCACCCCACCCAUCCACCACCGACCGCAAGGGGUGCCUGGCCAGGGCUCCCCCCAAAUGGGGCUGGGGUCCGCCUCGCUCGCCCCGCAACUUUGGCAAGCGGUCUCGGCCCUCUGCUGAAAUGGGGUGGUGGUCCUCAUCUUCCUGGGCUCAAAUGACUUCAAUCUCUUUAUUUUUUCCCCCCCUGGUUGGGGGUCCUCCCUGCCUAUUGGAAAAAGAAGCAGCGAGAGGAAGAACUGGGGGUGUUUUUAGGGGUAUUUUUUGGGUGGAGGUCAGUUCUGUUGGUCACAGCUAGGUGUUUGGGAAACACCCUCCCCCCCCCAAAAAAAACCCCAAUAGAGUCUUUGGUGGUGCACAUUAGUUUGGGGCGUCUUUCGGAAGAGGGGCUGUGUAUUUGUGACCCACUUUUGUUGGUCACGGCUUGGUGUUUGGGGAACACCCCCCCCAAACAACAAUAACCCCAAUAGAGUCUUUGGUGGUGCACAUCAGUUUGGGUUGUCUUUUGGAAGAGGGGCUGUGUAUUUGUGACCCACUUUUGGGGGAGGGGAGAGAGAUUUCCGCCUGGGGAAGUAGCAAUAUUGGGGUGAGGGGCCAGCCCAACGAGCCCUCCUUUGAAAAUGGGGAGUGGGUGCCCGGUUUAGCUACCCCCCUUUUUGAAAGGGAGUGUUUGGGGCAGGCUGGUUGCUAGCUAACUUAAGAGUGGUGUGUGUUCGUUUGCGCCAUCCCUCUCUGGGAGAGGAAAGAGAGAGAGAGAGAAAUGUUUGAAUGGAAACAGCUGCACCCCCCCUUAUGCCUCCCCCCCCCCAAAUAAUCUCAUCUGCAUAAGGUGCUCUUGUAAGACAAUGGAGCUUCUCCCUUUGAAGUGCAAACAGUUCCCAAAAGUAAGGACCAGGAUGGAUAUCAGUGUUUGGGGGUUUUUUUUGGGUGCGUGCUAUGUGAAAAGAAGAGUCAGGUUAAAGAAGAAAGAAUGGAUGAGACACUUUUGUGGAGGAAAUUUUGCUCUCCUUGGCGUGGAAGGAAUUUCCAGAGGGGUCUCCCCUUUGGUGCAAUUCGGGAACACCCAACAAAGACUCCGGAUGGCACCUUGCAACUGUUUUGUGUAUGCUUCUGUGUGAGCACAGAUUUCCUUUCCUCCCACGCUAACCCCCGGCAAAGAUUAGGGUGCCUCUUCUUCUUCCUCCUUCUCCUCCUCCUUCGAAUGGGAGGAGUUGGCCAAAGAAUGGAUCUGCUUCUUUUUCCUUUAAAUGCUAUUUAUUUACUUCAAGCUGCAAAUAACACCAUCCUUGCUUCAGCAGAGCUCCGGGAGUGUGAUGUUGAGUUCGUAUAUGAGAGAACGGGGUGUGUGUGUGUGUGUGUGUGUGUGUGUGUGUAGACUUGGCAGGAGUUGUUCGCCGCACUGCUGGGUUGCAUUUCAUGCAAAAUUCCCCCUCCCUCCCACUGCACCCCACCAGCCCAUCUCUCCUAGUCUCUAAAGAUUGGUCUGGGAUGAGAGAGGAUUAAAAACAAAAUCUUAUUUCUGCCUCUCUCUCCCCUUCCCCUCCCUCCCCCCUUUUUUUUACUUUGCAGACCUAAAUGAUGCUUAAUUCUUUGUAAACCGCUCCCUGCCUUUUCACCACCAUUUGUCCUGCCCUCUGAUUUUGGUCCAGGGAGAAACUGGGGGUUGGAUUUGCUCUCUCUCUGCCCCCCCCUUUGGGAUGUUGUGGGGUUUCUCCCCUCCCCUCCCCUUGGGCACCUGCAGUAACACACACAAACCCUUUAACAUCUUCCUUAUACAAGGAUGGAAGCAAUAAAACUCUUGCAACGAUAGUUCGUUGCAGUUCUGGGAAGCAAAACUUCCAAAAAGAAUUAAGGUUCUUUUUGCCGUAAGUCUGCUGAAAAGCCCUUUGUGUGCGUGCGUCUUGUGGGUUUUUUAAAGCGGAAUCUUUCCUCCUAUUUAAAUGACUUUCUCUCCCCCCCCCCCAAGCAUCCUAAUUCCUCCUUCAACUCUUUAAGUAAGACAUCCAUUGUAUCUUGGAAGUUCACAUUUUGAGCUGUGUAGCCCUGGUUUCAGUGCUAAAUACGCAGGAAGUGUGAAGAAACUGUACUCUGCUACCCUAGCUUUCCUGGAAUUUCGACUUUUAAUUUUGUACACUGCUCAGCUUUGUAUGUGACACGAGUCGUGCUUCCUUUUAAAGGAAAUUUUACAGAAUGUUUCAUCAUCAUCAUUAUUAUUAUAAGUAAAACCAUUGGAUUUUUGUUACAUUAAAGUGGAUUUUUAAAACCCCCAAAUAAAUAAGAAGUAACAAUUGCUUCUGAUUGCAGGGAUGGGGACUCCACCUCCCUCCAGAUGUUGGGCCUCUCAUCCCCAUCACCAGCCCUGAUCACUAGCCGUGCUGGCAGAGGCUGAUGGGAGUUGUAGUCCAACAACCCCUGGAGGGCCAAGUGUUCGCUUCCCCCGGAUUAAGGGCCAGGGAGAGGAAAAUGCUGUUCUCAGUUUUAUCUGCAAGCUGCCUUGACUUCCUGUCAGGGUGGUGAUAUAAAUAAAUAUAUAAUAAUAAUUACCAUAUUUUUUGCACCAUAACACUCACUUUUUUCCUCCUAGAAAGUAAGGGGAAAUGUCUGUGCGUGUUAUGGAACGAAUGCCUGCGGGUGGCGGGGGGGAUCUGUUGCAGUCGUGAGCAGAGGAUCCAUGGUUCCCCUUCCUUCCCUCCUCCAUGGUUACAAAGCAUGGAUCCACAUGGAUCCUCAGGAUUUUUGCAUUGGGCUACUCCAAACUCACUGUCAGAUCACAUGUCUGUGGCCACAGCAUGAACCAUAAAAAUCAUAUAUCCACUAUUUUGUUUAGAAUAUUUUUUUUCUUGUUUUCCUCCUCUAAAAACUACGUGCGUGUUAUGGUCUGGUGUGUGUUAUAGAGCGAAAAAUACGGUAGAUCAUCUGGGGAUCAUGGAUCUCCCAGCAGUUUUGCCUGGGGUUCUUGCCCACCUGCUCCCUUGUGGCGUAAAUAUUUGCAUGCUCACUUGCAAAUACCACCCGUAAGACUUGGGAACAAGCAGCGGUCAUACAGGCCCAUCUCUUUAAAAAAUGCUAAAUUAUUCCCAGGCCUGCUAGCUUAUAGGCUAUUAAUAAUUAUGCCAAACGACAUAGAUAAAGGCCAAGUUGGUUUUAUAAGACAGAGGUCUGCUGCGCUCCCUAUUGGGCGACUUCUCAAUAUUCUUUAUUGGGUCCAACUUCGUUCAGAACCAAUGACUGUUCUAGUUUUACAUGCUGUCAAGGCAUUUGAUCGCCUUAAGUUGGCAAUACAGUGGUACCUUGGGUUACAUACGCUUCAGGUUACAUACGCUUCAGGUUACUAACCCAGAAAUAGUGCUUCAGGUUAAGAACUUUGCUUCAGGAUGAGAACAGAAAUCGUGCUCCAGUGGCACGGCCGCAGCGGGAGGCCCCAUUAGCUAAAGUGGUGCUUCAGGUUAAGAAUAGUUUCAGGUUAAGUACGGACCUCCGAAACGAUUUAAGUACUUAACCUGAGGUACCACUGUACCUCUUUACUGUUCAUUUGGUAUAAGUGAAUCCUGCAGUAUCCUUUUGCUGUCUUCCUUUCCUUUCGCCGUAUUCCAAAAAGCCAUAUCUAGGCCGGGUGUCCGUUUCUGAUGGGUUUUAUUACCUAGUUGCGCAGGAAACCACCUAAUCUCAUUUAUUUAUUUAUUUAUUACAUUUCCUUCUGGGGGCGGAAGGCGGAACUAGGCGCUUUUCCCCCUGAUCAUUUUAUCCUCACAACAAGCCUGUGCGGUAGGUUAGGCUGAGAGUGAGUGACCGGCCCCUGAGGUCACCUGGCGAGUUUGACGUCCGAGUGGAGAUUUGAACCCAGGUCUUCUGGGCCCUAGUCCAGCACUUUCACCGCAGCAACACCACCCCUGGCUCUCUCUGUAUCAAGCUGGCGUUGCCCGCACUGGCUGGCAGCAGCUCCUGCAGGCGUUUUAGGCAGGUCUUGAUUUAUUAUCAUUUAAAAACUUAUUUAUUGAUACUUAUUCACAAAAAUACAUGCCCAUUACAAAGUAUCUUUUUGUAAUAAAGAGAAAACAGCUACUUAGUCUAAAAAAGAGAGAGAGAAACUAGGUCAGAAAAGAUAAGAAGAGACCUGAGAAAGACGGAGAACAGCGGGAGAAAGGGGGAGAAAAAACUAAAGAAAUUUAGAAAGAGUAAAAGGAUUUCUGGCUCUCUUUCCUGCAGCUACAUAUAAUAUUCAUUCCUUAAAAUCCAAGCAUUCUGUCUUCUAGAAACCAUUAUUUUUUCAGUCUUCAAAUCCCGAUAUUACUUGGAUGAACUUGAAUGAACUUAGGUGGGGCCGGAAAGGUGUUGUGAAUUGAACCCAGGAUCUCUGGCAGUUGCUGUAGCGCAGGGGUCAGCAAACUUUUUCAGCAGGGGGCCGGUCCACUGUCCCUCAGACCUUGUGGGGGGGCUGGACUAUGUUUUGGAAAAGGAAAAAAAAGAACAACAAAUUCCUAUGCCCACAAAUAACCCAGAGAUACAUUUUAAUUAAAAGCACACAUUUUACUCAUGUAAAAACACAAGGCAGGCCCCACAAAUAACCCAGAGAUGCAUUUUAAAGAAAAGGACACAUUCUACUCAUGUAAAAACAUGCUGAUUCCCUGACCGUCCAUGGGCCGGAUCCAGCCCCCAGGCCUUAGUUUGCCUACCCAUGCGCUAGUCUAGCGCCACUGAGCUAGGGCAGUGGUUCGUUUACUUGCCUGAACUCCCAACUGGGCAACAAAGAGAUCAAACCUCACGGUUCUUCUGCUUCAGAUCUCCAGCUCUGUCUGUUUCCAAGGGGAGGCUUUCGUCCUCAAUCCUUGAUUUACAGUCUGUCUUUAUCUUCCUUCUUUUGGUCUUCUUUGUUGUGCAGGCUUGAUGAGCCUGCUGGCUGCCUCUGCUUGACUGUUUCAGUGCCUGAGUUAGGAGCCGGGGGAGAAUUUAGCUUAACUGCGUCAAGCUGGUAUCCCAGGCACAUCAAUGUGCUUAUGCUCUCUAGGUAAAUAUCUCGCAAUCUCUUCUACCUUUGUGUCUACUUCUGUGUUCUUCCCCCCUGUAUUUGCAGGGGAUUUCAGAACAGAGAAAGGCAGGGGGAUAUUAACCGUUUCAGAUUAACACUGAGUGCUGCAUUUUCCUUGGGAAAUUUCCUCUCUUAUCUCCUCUUUCUCCACCCCCCAAUUCCCCCCUAAAUUUCCUGAUUUAGGGAUGCGAUGAUAAGAUUUCUCCCUUCUUGCAUGAGGAAGAAACUAGGCAUAUUCCUGAAAUGAUUUUGCACCUGGGCUGGGAAAUGCAAAAUGCGCUGGGAAUUUUUUAUCUUGCCCUUCCUCCACAGGGCUCCUGAGGCCAGGCCAAGUUCUCUUCUCCCUUCAUCUAUGCUCACAGCAACCCCCUGGAAGGUAGGGUAAUCUAGAGAGUGGCUGGCCCAUAGUCACCCGACGAUCUUCGCAGCUGCGUGAGGAUUCGAAUCCGAGUCUCUCCAGUCCUAGUCUGACCACCGCAUGCCACCACUGAUAAGCUGUGUGGCUUGACCCUGUCUUGCAAGGGAAGAAUAUCCCACUGUGAUAAGUCCCUCUCUUAUGCUAUAUAAAUUCUAAUAAUAAUGCCAAAUGAUUUCUCUUGUUUAAGAUCUCUACUCUUCUGUCUCUAACAUAGCCUUGGAUGUAGGAAUUUAGAAGGCAAAACAAUGGCAAAAUCUCCAGCCCAAGAAAAGUUUCACCUGUUAAAUGCGCAAGAAUCAAACUCUUUUAUUUUUUAAAAGGUGGCAGGCAAACCUUCCUUUCUGUAGGUCUCCGAAUCCUCCUGCAUUUUUCUCUCUUUCUGUUUUGAACUUUGGCAAGGGAGGCAAAGCUUAUUUAAUUUGGAUAGGCCCCCUGACUGGUCCCACGGGGAGGGGGCUGCUUCUUCGCCAUAAACAUCUGUGUGGCGAGGAGAGCAGGCAGAUGGCCCAGUGAUGGAGGACAAUGAGCUCUUCUUAAUUUGGAGGCUCUGGGGGCCUCUCGGCGCAUAAAUUUAAUCCUGGGUAUGUGAGGUGACAUGAUAGAAGUUCAUAAACGGAGGAGGCGGGGAGAUGAAAGUUUUUCUCCCUCUCUCCUAACACCAGAACUCCGGGGGCAUCCAAAGCACAGCUGAAUGUUGGACGAUUUGGGGCAGAUAAAAGAGAGCCCUUCUUCACGCAACAGUGCGUCGUUAAAACUGUGGAACUCCCUCCCACUUGAGGCAUAGAUGGCCUCCAACUUGAAUGGCUUUAAAAGAGAAUUGGACCAAUUCAGAGGGCUGUCGAGGGCUGCUGGCCAGGACGGCUAUGCUCUGAGCUUUGAAGUCAGAGGCAGCGAUGCUUUUGAAUACCAGUUGCUGGAAACCACAGGAGGGGAGAGUUGCUCUUGCAUUUGAAUUUUAUUUAUUUACUAUUUUUUAUUCAUUCGAUUUAUAUACCGCCCUUUGGCACAAGAUCUCUGGGUCGUUCACAGGAUAAAAUACAAGUACAGUGGUACCUCCGGUUGCGGAUGGGAUCCGUUCCGGAGCUUCGGUCGGAUCCCGAGGUUUCCACAACCGGAGGUGCCUGUUCUGCACAUGGUGCGAUAGAGCGCUGCUGCGCAUGCGUGCAGCACGAUAGAGCAUUACAGUCACACCUCGUGUUGUGUUUGCUUCAGGUUGACUGUUUUCAGGUUGCGUCCUGUGGUGACCUGGAAGUACCGGAAAGGGUUACUUCUGGGUUUCGCCGCUCACGUAUGCGCAGACACUCAAAAUGAUGUCACGCGCAUGUGCAGAAGUGGCGAAUUGUGACACGCGCAGACGUGGGUUGCAUUCUGCUCAGGUUGCGAACGGGGCUCUGGAAUGUAUCCCGUUCGCAACCAGAGGUACCACUGUACUGCACAUGUGCACGCGGCGAACCCCAGAAAUAUACUUCUGGGUUUGUCGCGUGCGUAUCCCAAAGAUACGUAACAAGAGGGGCAUGUAAGUAGAGGUACCACUGUAAAUACAGUGGUACCUCGGGUUACAUAUGCUUCAGGUUCAAACUUUUCAGGUUACAGACUCCGCUAACCCAGAAAUAGUACCUCGGGUUAAGAACUUUGCUUCAGGAUGAGAACAGAAAUCAUGCUCUGGCGGUGCAGUGGCAGCAGGAGGCCCCAUUAGCUAAAGUGAUGCUUCAGGUUGAGAACAGUUUCAGGUUAAGAACGGACUUCCGGAACGAAUUAAGUACUUAACCCGAGGUACCACUGUACAGUAGUUAAAAACGAAAGCGACAAAACAAUAACCUCUGCUUCUCACAAACACAUUUAAAAGGCUGCAGAAUAUUAACCAGCUGUUUGGCCCCUAGAUGCUGGUCCAGAUGGGCCUGAUCCACAUGGCUCUUAUGUACUUUAAGACGUUCAAUGUGGAUGCACCCAGGAAGGGGCGUCUGCAGACGUGGAUCAGGCAACCUUUUUGCUCCAAGGGCCACAUGGAAGCAGUCUGGUGGGCCACACAGCAGUGUGUGUGGCUGGGGUCUACGGUCCCCUUGCUCUGCUCACUCCUGAACACACACACACACACACACACACACUCACACUCUGAACAGACAGAAACAUGAUUUUGCCCUUCCCAUAUGCUGACGCCAACCCCCAUGCCAACUGUGUUCCGAUCAGUAAGAGUAGAAGCUUUAACUUUGCCCUUCUGACAACCCCGAUGCAGCCAAGCUUUCUGUGCUGGUGUGGCUCAGCUGUGCAAGACCAGUGACCUUCCCCCAGUUACGGGCUGAUCUCCUGGGGUGGGUGGGAGGGGGUGGAGGCUCCCCGGAUCCUGGUGGGCUGCACAGAGAGUGCCUGUAUGUUGCUCACAUGUUGCAGGAAAUAUUAAUUUCGGGAGGUAGGAUGGGUUGCGGAUUUUCCAGUGCGGGCAGCAACGCUCUCGGGAAGGCAUGCUCAUCGUGCAAUCCUAUGUGCGUGUUCUUCCGGAAAUGGUGAUGUCUGUUUUCUAGGAUAAUUUUGAAUCUAGGGAGCAGGGAAAAACUGAAGGGCAAAGAUUAGGUUUGGGGGACAGGCUGAAGAGGCAGCAGGGGAGAAUUGGGUGGGUCCUUUGGAAAGAACAGAAUCUUUGGGUGGGUGAGCAGAGUUAAAGGUAAAGGGACCCCUGAUUGUUAGGUCCAGUCGUGGCCGACUCUGGGGUUGCGGCACUCAUCUCGCUUUACUGGCCGAGGGAGCCAGUGUGCAGCUUCGGAGGUCAUGUGGCCAGCAUGAGUGAGCCGCUUCUGGCGAACCAGAGCAGCGCACUGAAACGCCAUUGAUCUUCCCGCCGGAGUGGUACCUAUUUAUCUACUUGCACUUUGGCGUGCUUUCGAACUGCUGGGUUGGCAGGAAAGCUCUGAGUAUAGAGAUGGGCAAUUCUGUGUUUCUUGAUUGCAUUUAUAUUCUGCCUUUUCUCCAAGUUGCUCAGGGUGACGCAGGGGGAUCUCUUCCCUUAUGUCAUCCUCUCAACAACCCUGUGGGGUGGGGAUAGCAUAAGUUGAUGGUUGGUGGCUGGUUCAAGGAGUGGAGAUCAGAACCCUGAUCUUUCCCAGGUCUCAGUCUGACACUUUAACCCAGUGGCUCUCAAACUUUUUUCUCUGGGCUAUGCUUUCAGAAUAAAAAAUUCUGAAAUUCGCGCUACACUGAAUCUCAUACAGUUGUACCUUGGAUCUCGAACGCCUUGGCUCCCGAACAAAUCGGCUCCUGAACAAUCAAAACCCAGAAGUGAGUGUUCUGGUUUUCGAACGAUUUCUGAAAGCCAAACGUCAUUCGGGGCUUCCAUGGCUUCCGAUUGGCUGCAGGAGCUUCCUGCAGCCAAUCCGAACCCACAAUUUGGUUUCUGAACAUUUUGGAAGUUGAGCGGACUUCCGGAACGGAUUACGUUCAACUUCCAAGGUACGACUGUAUUGGUAAGGACAAAAAUUGGAGAACAAAAAGGAACAGGCACCUAGCAGUGCUUGAUUUAUAAUGUAGGACAGAACUACUUUAUAACAUGAUCAUAGGACAUGCAGAAGAUAUAAAACAAUGCUGCUACGUAAGAACAUGAGUUAUUCCCAAGAUAUAAUUAUAAAUGAGCUGCUUGCCUAUGUGCCUUAAGUUUGUGUACAAACUCAGCGAGAGGCGUGGGCUUGAUUUUGCCGGGUGAUCUCAUUCCUACAAGGUCUAAUUGGAGGCAAACAAACUCUCGUCUCCUCAUUGACACCAAGAAAUCUUUCUCUUUUCUGUUCUUUUGUAUUUGUCAGUGUUGACAAUUGUUGUUCACAACAACAUGCCGUGGAGAACUGUAGAAGAAGAGCUAGUGCUCUGGACUAUCUAGCCAUAUUCUGCAAAUUAAAAGAACUGUUUUGAUACUAUGGCUGAUUUGGUUAGAGCGUGGGGCUGAUAAUGCCAAGGUUGCAGGUUCGAUCCCCGGAUGGGACAGCUGCGUAUUCUCGCGUUGCAGGGGGUUGGACUAGAUCAGGUAUCCCCAAACUCAGCCCUCCAGAUGUUUUGGGACUACAACUCCCAUCAUCCCUAGCACACAGGACCAGUGGUCAGGGAUGAUGGGAAUUGUAGUCCCAAAACACCUGGAGGGUCGAGUUUGGGGAUGCCUGGACUAGAUGAUUGUUAGGGUCCCUUUCAACUCUGUGACUACAUACUGCACUGCACUGAAAUGUUUAAAUGAUUCUUGGAUUGUCCCUGAACCUUCUGGCCACAUUGCCAUCCUCUCCUGCCACACCUUUUGGGAACCACUGCUCUAACCACUACACCACUGGAGCAGUUUAGGGAGCCAGCGGAGGGACUUGAGAAGGAGGCGUUGCCUGUCCUGAGCUGAAACGCACAAGAAUUGCCCUACCAUCACAACUCUCUGUUGCUGCUUUUCCGAUCAAGUUUGGGGGAGCCUGGAUCUCGAAAGCAACAUCCAAACCUUCUCAGGCACCCCAUCUCAUUCAGACAUCCCCAGGCUGUGUGCUGAGGAAGAAUUGGCGGUGCCGUGGGAGAGCAAAAACUAGUUUAAAGAAUGUGUGAGGCCCAAGUGCCCAGACCCAGAAGAGCUUUCCCGAGGUUGCUCUCUUGUUCUGCCCUGAUGGAUAAAUUCCUGCCAUCCCAACCUUGCCUUGGGGGUUGAGUGUGUUGUUCAGUGGUUACCUGCUGAAAUUGGGGCAAUAGGUGUCUCCAGCCCAUAAUUCCGUUUCCCACAGUGGCCAUCCAGAUGCUUCCUGGAAAAUGCUGUUGAGAGGUAGAAUGCCUCUGGCCUUGGAGGUUCCGCUUAGAAAAAGGGGUCAGCAAACUUUUUCAGCAGGGGGCCGAUCCACUGUCCCUCAGACCUUGUGGGGGGCCAAACUAGAUUUUUUUUUGGGGGGGGGGAAUGAACUCAUGUAAAAACAGUAGGUAGGCCCCACAAAUAAUCCAGAGAUGCAUUUUAAAUAAAAGGACACAUUCUACUCAUGUAAAAACAUGCUGAUUCCCGGACGGUCUGCAGGCCGGAUUUAGAAGGCAAUUGGGACGGAUCCGGCCCCUGGGCCUUAGUUUGCCUACCAUGCACUUAGCCAUCAUGGCUAAUCAGUGUCUGUGCUGUGGGAAGCUGCCUUGACGCUGAGCCAGGCACAUUAGUCCGUCACUGGCUGGCAGCAGCUGACUAGGGUUGCAGGCGGGGGAUAUUCUGGGGAUUUGAACCUGAGACCACUUGCAUUUCCUGCCCCUGAGCUGUGGCCCUUCCCCAGACACACCUGCUUAAAGCCACCCAAACCAAUGGUCAUCGCCAUAUCCUGUGGCAGGGAGUCCCACAAGCUAUGUAGUGGUACAGCUUCUUCACUUUGAAAACAUCUGCCUGUUGAUCUCGCUGGGUGACCUUGAGUUUUAGUGUUAUAUGAGACGGAGAGAAGCUCUGUACCAAUGCAGAAUGAGGAUAUUAAAAAAACACCAACCCUUUAAAAAUAAGUGUCUCUGGGAUAGAGCAAAAACUCGCCUGGUUUUAUCGUGAGCCAGGGCUGAACUCCAACUGGAUAGAGUUAAAUCAAAGCUAGGGGCAAGUGUGUGUUUGUCUUCUGAUGCUAAUUAAUCCCGGAGAUUGUUUCUGGGAGGCAAACUGAAGAUUACCCGACAGCAACAGUCCAAAGAGGCUUUUCUUACUGUAAGUCGCUGUAAUUGGGUGCAGUUCCUAUAGACACCUUCCGUAAUGUGCCUUCUUCCAGGUGUUUGGGGUUCAGGGACAUCCGGUGAUAAACUUCACAGGGCUGAAACUUUUCUCGGAAUGUGUCCUUGAAUUUCGAUAAGGUCUCUCUCCCUUGCCUGGAGAGGUGUGUGUAGAAACUAGCCUUCUGUAGGAAGGGGGGGAAAUUCCUUGUUUUGCCCACUUUUGCUUUUGCCCACUGUAAAUUUGCUCAGAAGGAAAGGGGGGGAGUCACGCCUACCCUAGAGCGUACCUCAUCUAGCAUGUUUGUUUUACUUGCAUUUAGUAAACAGUUGGUGGAUAUUUGUUUGCAGCCGGCACCCGUUCACAAACUCUGCGAAACGGAGAUUUUUUUUCCUGCGGAAAAAUUAAGUGCUGGGGAUUUUGCCGCCUCCUCAUCUCUGCAAAGGGGCAACUGAUGUGGUUUCUAGUGCUUCUCAUCCCACUGCUAUUGUCUUUAAAGUUUUUACAAGGGUUCUGCUAAAAUAUCUGCGCCAUCGCCCCUGCGAUUGCCCAGUCGUGAUGACUUUGUGACACUUGGGACAACCUGUGUGGGUCCUGUAUCAGAUGCCUCUGUGUAUUUGUAAGUUUGCCUGAUUCUUGCAGAAUAGAUGUGCUGGGGGGUGGGGGGAAAUGUAGCUGUCUUAAUCUGCCCUAGCCCGCUGCACCCUUCCUUUAAACAUUUGGGAACGAGAAAUUCCAAGAUGAGAUGCUUUAGACUAGGGGUCAGCAAACUUUUUCAGCAGGGGGCUGGUCCACUGUCCCUCAGAGCUUGUGGGGGGGGCUGAACUAUAUUUUGGGGGGGGGGGGAAAUGAACAAAUUCCUAUGCCCCACAAAUAACCCAGAGAUGCAUUUUAAAUAAAAGCACACAUUCUGCUCAUGUAAAAACACAAGGCAGGCUCCACAAAUAAGCCAGAGAUGCAUUUUAAAUAAAAGGACACAUUCUACUCAUGUAAAAACACGCUGAUUUCCAGACCGUCUGCGGACCGGAUUGAGAAGGCGAUUGGGCUGGAUCUGGCCCCUGGGCCUUAGUUUGCCUACCCAUGCUUUAGAACAGUGGUAUCCAAACUUUUUACAAAGAGGGCCAGAUUUGAUGGAAGUGAAGGGCUGUGAGGGCCAACCAAAGUUGUUGUUAACCUUUUUUAAGGGUUGAAGUUGUUCAGGUUUUUUUUAGGAUUUUACCCCGCCACAGGGGCCGGAUUAAACCGAACGGCGGGCCGGAUUAGGCCCCCAAAACAGACUUUGUACAUGCCUGCUUUAGACCCUCAAAUGCCACCCCGCUCCAGUGGCCUGGCACCCCACCAAGCCCAGGAAAAAAUCUGCGUUGAUGUGUCAGAUUACAUCUCUGCUCCCUUGCUCAGGGAAUCUCUCCCGCGUGGCUCUCCUGGUGCUGCUGAUUUCUUCUGACUUUGUCUCUUGCAAUGUGGAAUGUGGAGCCUGAUUGGAAAAGGCAAGCGAUGUGCUGGCUUGGCCAAGCUCUCUUUCUAGGGCUUUCUAUUUCCGAAACUCCUUUCUCCAGUCCUGUUUGAAAGCCGUGCUGCUGCCUGUUCAUUAAAGAUGUUGUGCUCAACAUUGUAUGUUGUCGUUCAAAGUAGGAGGAACGUCCCUGGCUUAUUUUUAAAUUUGUGGGUUUCCCCCCCUAGCAUUUAUGUGUGAAUAAACAAAAUAAAUCAAAGAUGAAGGCCAUAAAGAAAUGUUCAGAAUGUUACAUCAGGUCAAAAGCUUCAUAAGGUUGGACAUUAGCAUUGAACUCGUUGUUACGAAACGAAACACAAAAUACCAAUUAUUCCAUAAAUCUCUUAGGCUGGUUUAUAUGUAUUCUUUGAUAAUAAGUUAGCUAAGCAAUUUUAUAUGCAUUCAGGUGGAGAACCGUCUCUUCUCUACCUGGUUCGGGAAGGGGUUGCUUUUAAUUGGAGAUGGUAGUUAUUUAACCUGGGACGUACCUCGGAAGUCAAACGGAAUCUGUUCCAGAAGUCCGUUUGACUUCCAAAACGUUUGGAAACCCAAGCGCGGCUUCUGAUUGGCUGCAGGAAGCCCCUGCAGCCAAUCGGAAGCCCUGUCGAAUGUUCAGCUUCCAAAAAUCGUUUGAAAACGGGAUCACUCACUUCCAGGUUUGCGGCGUUCAGGAGCCAAAAUGUUCGAGAAGCUGUUCAAAAACCAAGGUACGACUGUAUUUCAAUACAUGAUCACAGCGGCGAGACUUUUAUAUGGAAAGAUACAUCUUUAUCUACGGUGGAGGACUGGUUGUUAAAAUUAUUGGACUUGGCUGAGAUGGCGUUGACGUUUUUAAUCAGAGAAAAAUCAUUGUCAAUAUUUACUAAAGAUUAGAAACUCCUUCUAGACUUUUUGUGUGAAAAAGGAAAUGAACUUAUGAUACCUGAAUUUGAGGAUUGGAGAAGAUACUGGUUUAUACAAAGUGGAAUUGCUGGGUGCUGUAUUCGGAGUUGAUGUUUUGAAUACCUUUCUAUAUAUACCUGACAGACAAAGAAUCAGAAGUCCCCCAACUGUUUUUCUUCUUUCUCCCCCCCCCCCCCCCGCUUUCCUCCUGUUGGUUUGUGUUUUUAUUUAGAUUAGGUUUUUUUCAUCUUUGAUUUAAAAAUUGGAAUAUUUUCUUUACAACUUAAAAUUUCUUGGUGGUGGUGGGAGAACCUGGGACCUUCUGAAUUCCAAGCAGCUGCUCUUCCCUCGGGCCCCUCCACUUUUGUCCUCAAGAGUGGCAGAGUGGGCAUCUGAGACCAUGCCGCAUAUUGAGAACUGAUUGAAUUGGUGCCCUGUUUUUGUCUAAGCACGUGUGUGUAUUGUUUCCCCAAUCUGGUGGGUUGAAAGAUCUGGACACAUGCUUCUUGGAGACUUAGAGUGGGCAGCAGGCCAGGCAGAGGGGCACUUCGUACAAGAAGGGGCAGCACAGAUACUGACCUGUGUAAUAGCUACCCAUGAAGCUUGUGAGUCACCAGCCAAAAUGGACUCUUGCCGGUUUUUUUAGCUUCGCAGGAGAAGCGGAAUCCAUUCAUUGGUGGUCUCUCGCUUGGGACACUCUCUCCUGGUGAAUAGUAUUAGAUUUUCCCACCCUAUAGUGCCCUCUCCAGGUGAUUUGGAUUGUACUAGGGCACCCUAUUGGCAAAGGCUGGAUUAGUUGGGGGUUUCUUACUGCCUCCGUACCUGCAGUACUGCAGGGUAAAAGCUCACAAAAGCAUAGAAUAUUGGUGGUUGAGAGGCAUGCUUGCAACUCUGGCUAGCUGCGUCCGGUCGAGCAGUAGAGCAGCAAGAGGCAGGAGCAGUCUAUCUGAGCGGUUUGAAGUUUGGAGUCUUCAGCAGCUGGGGUGCCCAUCUAAGACACACAGCAAUUUCUGAGUUGUCCAGAUCAAAUGCAUAUUGGGGAACAAACACAGGGGACCAUUUUCUCAAAGAAGUAGGGUGGUAUGAUCUGUUUCAGUGGGGUGGAGGCCUCACGACAGCCCCCAAAGGAGCACAUGGUCACCCCAUUCCAAAACCUGAGUCAGAUAGCUCUUUGGAAGGCAAACUGCACUGCCCCCAACAGAGCAGGGUCCCAUCCACACUAUAGAUUUAAAACAGGCAUAGGCAAACUCGGCCCUCCAGAUGUUUUGGGACUACAACUCCCAUCAUCCCUUGCUAACAGGACCAGUGGUCAGGGAUGAUGGGAGUUGUAGUCCCAAAACAUCUGGAGGGCCGAGUUUGCCUAUGCCUGAUUUAAAACAUGUUAUUCCUUUUGUUUUUAAAGUAGUAAUGGCUUCCCCCAAAGAACCCUGGGAACUGUAGUUUUACCCCUCCCAGUGCUAUAAUUCCCGGCCCCUUUAACGAACUACAGAUCCUAGGGUUCUUUGGGAGAAGCUUUGACAGUUAAAGAAGUGGGACAAAUGUCCUUUAGAUGCAUGAGGCUGGUGUGACCUAAGGAAGCGGCCAUUUCUGACUGCUGGUCUUUCCUGAUCCAUAGGAUCCUGGCUGGCUCUCCCUUGUUUGUUCAAAGCUUGCCUGGAGAAAAGCAUGUCUGAUAUUGCCUCCUCUGCCUUCCCCUGUACCGUGAUCCUCUUGUGGCGAGGGUUGACCCAUCCUCUGAGGCCUUCCGCCCGGUCACAACCCUGGUGAGCUGACAAAACAGCCAUGACUCGCCCGGUUGGCAUUUGUAGCCCAGUUGCCAGGCUCCGUGUUAGAGAAGCAUCUGAGAAAAUAAUAACAAACCCCACAUGCAAAGAUGGGUAAACACUGAAAGAAGCACAAACAAACCACGGCUAUCUCUCUUUUCCUGCGAUGAACGAAGAUCUCAAAGCUGUUCUGUCUGAUCAAUGGGUUUUCCUUUUUCCUUUUUGGGCAGGGGCCCUAUGAACACAUUCGAAACCAUCCUUUCUCUCAAAGAAUUCUGGGCGCUGUAGUUCACUGCCCAUUUCUGGGAAUAGUAAACUACAAUGCCCAGAAUUCUUUGCGGGAAAGAACAUGUUUUGGAUGUGCUUUAAAGGGAGAGAGCGACACAAAUGCAGCCCUGUGACUGAUUCGCAUGAUAUGUGUCUAUAUUUAAAAGUAUUUCUUUUAGGUUCUGGUGAAGUGGGCCUUGGAUUUGAAAUGGGGGACAUUCUUCACUUCUCUCCAGCAGAUGGAAAAGGGGGCGAGAGAUUGUAGCUCUGCGGCAGAAUGUGCCAGGUUCAAUCCCUGCAGUCUCUCCUUAGAAAGAGACUGGGCUACAGCAGAUGGGAAUGAUCCUGCCUCCCAAUUUCCCAAAGAGCCACUGCCAGUCAGUGUAGACAAAACUAGCCUAAGUUGACAUAAGCAGCUCCCUGAAUCUGUUUGGACUUCCUGAUUUGCCAGGAUUCAGCCUUUGGUAGAGAAGGUGGACUCUUUUUCUUUGCUCUUUCGUGGAUGAGUUUCCAGGGGCCGUUUGCCAGCGGUGUCUGGGGCCAGAGGUAGAAAAGUGGGUGUGGCCAGAUGCAAAAGUGGGCAGGGCAAUGGAUGUGACUCCUCCCUUUGCACAGAAGGGUGCAAUUCAGCUGUGCUUCUACCCACUCACACAAGUCUAUCUUCCAUACAGGCAAACGAGGCAUUUUCUCAGUUCAAGGACCCCCUCCUAGCCAGGCAAAGGGAUAGAGGAGGGUGCAGAGCAGGGUCUUUGAGGGGGCGUGUCCUGGAGAGAGGGGGAGUGGCCUUGGGAGACCCUGGGGCCAAAGAGAGAAACCUAGGGGCCACCAGCUUCCCCACUCUUGUUUCAGAGCAUCUAAGACUGCGAGCCGCUCAGCUUGGUUUCUCUGUUGGAAGCCGUACGCUGGGAUUCGUAACUUGACAACCCGAGUGCUCUUGUUUCGUGCCAGUGCAGGACAUUGGAUCCUGCCCGUGAUCUUAAGCCUGUGGCCCUUGCAACUUAAGAGAGAUGAGCUGUGUUAAGUUGUGGGUGAACAUAUCAGACGACACAGAGAUUCUUCAAACUGCUCUUCUUUAUUCACAGGCCUGAACAGAACUGAACUGAAGGGUUCAGCCAGCCUGCUUAUAGAGAGCUCCACUACAACGCAACUGUAACCAUUUUCUGUAACUAUCCAAUCACUGAACAUCACUUUCAAUCCCUUAUUUGCAUAUGUGGACCUGAGUGAAAACUAUCUACAGUAUCCCCCUGCUGGCCCAGGGUGAGAACUUCAGUACAUAACAAGCUGGACGAAAGGGCAGCAUCGUGCUUGACCAAGGGACGUUCUGAUCCCACAAGGCUUUACUGCAAAGCAGGUUGUGUGCGUGACUUGGAGCGAUUGCAGGACACAGAGAUGUGGGACUUCCUGUGUAGGGCUGAUGGGAGUUGGAGUUCCAGUAUCAUUUGCAGAGACGCAGGUUCCUCGUCCCAGCUAGGUAGUGUGGCCUGCUUGUAUAAAUCUGCUUCUUGAGGAAUGUGUCUGUCUUGUGUGUAUGUCUGUCUGCACACACACACACACACACACACACACACACGUGCACACACAAUGCAAAAUCAGCCCCUGUUUACAAAUGCAAUUUGCAGAGCUUGCAAGGUACUGUCUGGUGACCUAAGUGAUAAGCUGUUCUCUCAAUUAAUGGUUCUUUUUCUGCUGGUUUGGAACUGUGAGAAAUGGUUGGCUGAGUGGUUUGUUAAAUUAUAGGUGUUGCAGGUUGCUUUUUGAAAUCCCGAUAAUUGUAUCCUGUGUUUUAAUUUUAAACUGUGUCGUAAUUGUGCGCAGCGUUGCCUUUGUCCUGAACAGCAGCCUGAAGAUGCCCAAAGCAAAAAUAAAUUUGGAGGGAAGGAGGGGGUGAAAGUGUCGUAGCAAUUAUGGGAGCCAGAGGAGCAGCUGAACACGGCUUCCAGAUCUUUGUUUUUAGUCUGAGGAGGAUCUUGCUGCCUCGUGACUCCCGAAAGCAAAAGAAUUGGUAGCCUGUGUAGUGUCAGGAGACCUGGGUUCAAAUCCUUACUCUGCCAUUGGGGUUGUCACCCUUUUUCUCUCUCUCUAAUCUAAUUCGCAGGCUUGUGGCGCUUUUAAAAAUAUUAUUACCAAUGUUCAUUCAAUUUAUAUACCGCCCUUCCUCCCAAAGGAGCCUAGCACAGCAAACACAUAAUUAAAACAACAUCAUUGAAAACAUUCCGAAAGCAAUCUAACAUUCUAAUUGCGUUAUUUCAGCCAAUGAUUUCAAGGUACGGAGGGAACAGGUGACAAGCACUUUGUGGCAUGCUGAGCUCCUUGGGGGCAGAGGAGGAUAAAAAUCAAUGCAGUCUUUUAUGCUCCUUUCCCUUAAUCCUGAUUUCCUUGAUGGCACGUUUUGUGUUGCCUUUGUGUUCAAUUCUUCACUUUGUUAUGCCAAAUGCGGCCCCACAGAGCUCUCUUUUCCGGCCCCAGGAACUCUAGCCAGGCCCCGCCCCUUCAGCAUGUGUGUUUUUGUCGUUGGGCUUUUUUGCCCGGCUGGGACGUGCCCUUAUUUAUUUAUUUCAUAGGAUUUAUACACCGAUUAAUUAUAAAAACCAAACGAAACUUCCAUGCCAUUUACAAGGAGCUAAAGCAGGGAAAUCAAGGAAAAUGCACACCCCUGCUUUAAUACAUACAAAAGUUAAAAUACUAAAAGAGAUUAAAAUUACCUCAACUUCUGAAUCAUCUGGGCAUCACAGAAUUGCAGAGAUGGGACCCUGAGGGUCAUCCAGUCCAACCCCCUGCAAUGCAGGAAUCUUUUGCCCAACGUGGGGCUCAAACCCACGACCUUCAGAUUAAGAGCCUCAGGCUUGUCUGGGGGGGGGGGAAUGUUUUUAACAGGCUCCGAAGAACGUACAGUGGAGGUGCCUGCCUUAUGUCAAUGGGCAGGGAGUUCCAAAGUGCAGACGCCCAAGUUCUUACAAAGGUGGAAUGGGUGUUAUGUGGCGCUUAUAGUAGUUCCAAUUCCACCAGUCGAAGUGGUUGAGUGGGCACCUGUGGGGUAAGGCGAUCUCGUAGGUAAACCAGUCCCAAGUUUGUUAAGCUCUGAUCUGCUUGAGCUCUGAACGUGGAACCCUAGAACUUUCAUUUUAUGGGGGACCUCAAUGGCCAUGUAGUCCAACCCCUUACAAUGCAGGAGUCACAAGCCUCUUGCUUGCCUGGAUAGAGGAUAGAGCAGGGCUCAGUAAACUUUUUCAUCAGGGGGCCAGUCCACUGUCCCUGUGGGGGGCCGGACUAUAUUUUGGAGGAAAAAAAUGAACGAAUUCCUGUGCCCCACAAAUAACCCAGAGAUGCGUUUUAAAGAAAAGGACACAUUCUACUCAUGUAAAAACACGCUGAUUCCCGCUCCGUCCGUGGGCCGGAUUUAGAAGGCGAUUGGGCCAGAUCCGGCCCCUGGGCCUUAGUUUGCCUACCCAUGGGAUAGAGUGUAAAGUGGUAUCUUGGGUUACAUAUGCUUCAGGUUACAGACUCCGCUAACCCAGAAAUAGUACCUCGGGUUAAGAACUUUGCUUCAGGAUGAGAACAGAAAUCGUGCUCUGGAGGUGUGGCAGCAGCGGAAGGCCCCAUUAGCUAAAGUGGUGCUUCAGGUUAAGAACAGUUUCAGGUUAAGGAAUUAAGUACAUAACCAGAGCACUGUAUCUCUCUGUGUGUAUAGAAGCUAGCCCAGGCAUAGGUAAACUUGGCUCUCCAGAUGUUUUGGGACUACAACUCCUAUCAUCCCUAGCUAACAGGACCAGUGGUCAGGGAUGGUGGGAAUUGUAGUCCCAAAACAUCUGGAAGACCAAGUUUGCCUAUGCCUGAGCUAGCCUAUUGUACAAAGGGAAAGCUAGCAUUCAUUGCUCUGGUCCCACCCACCACUCGCACGUGGCCCCCAGAAGGCCAUGCGGCCCUCUGGCUGAAAAGGAUUCCCUGCCCACUUCUCCGUGAGCCAAGUCGGUGUGAUUCUGCGGUUCUACCUGGGUGGAGAACGUGAAACACGAGCUUUGGUCAACCUCUUUGUUCUGGCUUCCUUUUUCCAGGUGGAAGAAAAUGUAAGCCCCUCUUUGUUUUGCAAGCUGGCAGGUGUCCAGCAUGGCCUCCCCGUUGCUCCGGGAUCAUUCCUUUGCUCAGCUCCCUUCUGCAACUUAGCCAGGGCCAUGUUGGAUUUCUCUUUUCUGCCGCCUCCUGCUUUUGCGCCGUGGGGAGAGGCCUCCUUGUCAGGGCACCCUGGCUUCAUUUUCUGUGUGGUCUGCUAUGGGGGCCGAGCAAGGAGAGGAAGCUGGAAACUCAACUGCUUGAUAGCCUUUUCCAUAUAUAUAUAUGCAGAUUCUUUCUCUCCCUGCCUUCCUCUCUCCUCUGAAUGUUCGCUCGCAUUGACCUCUGAGCCCGAGAGACGCGAAGCUGGAAUUGGCUGAAAAGAUUCAUUUGUCUGUCGGGUCCAAGGAAGGGAGAAAAAUAAUAAUGCAGCCCUUGGCUGAAAACGUUCUCUGGGGAGAUGAGGAAGGAGUGGCUGCUUUGCGCCGAGCUCUCGGCCAAUUUUUAUAUAUUUUAAAAAUAUUAAUCUGUUCCUCCUUUCUGGCCGCCCUCGAGCGUCUCCUCCCAGGAGCCCGGAUAAAAGUUGGAGAGGGCCUUCCCACCUGCGUUGCGUGGGCUGGCUUGGCUCUCUUUAACCUGCUCGAACCCAGCUCUUGGCUGCUAAAGGGAGCCCACCAAAGCAGCCUUGGUUGGGGGGCUGAGAUGGGGCCUGAGGGACAAAGAAAGUUGCCUUGGUGCUGAGGCCAUCUCCGUGCCGUAUACAUUUGAAAUACCACGACUUUGAAAAGGCAUGGCUUCCCCCAAAGGAUUCUGGGAAAUGUGGUUUGUUAAGAGUGCUGAGAGUUGACCUUUAUUCCCCCUUACACAGAAGACCGUUCCCAGAAUUCCCUGGGAAGAGGGGCUGACUGUUAAAACCACUCUGAGUUUCCCAGGGAAUUCUGGGAAUGGUCGCUCCGUGAGGGGAAUAGGGGUCUCCUGAACAAGCCCAUAGCCCUCAACAAAUGGCCGUACCCAAUUUUUUCUGAGGGGAGCCAUAAGGGCCUAAAGUGGUAUGAUGAUGCUUUUAAGUAUAUCGUGCAGAUGGGGCCAUAGACAGAGUAAUAAUAAUAAUAAUAAUAAUAAUACUAAUAAUAAUAAAAAUUUUAUUUGCAUCCCGCCCAUCCAACUGGGUUGCAGCUACUCUGGGCAGCUAUGCAAACAUUGGCCUGGCCUAGGCCACAUUUAAAUGGAGGAUAGAAAAGAGUCUGUGAGUGUGUCUUAAAACUAGCCUACUCUACAAUGGUCCCAUUUGCAUGUGUUUCCCCACCCACUUUUGUCUCUGGCUCCACCCACCACUGGUCUGCGGCCCCUGGAAGGUUGCCUUUGAACAAGAGGUGGCCCUUGAACUGAUGAAUCCCCUCCUGUGAUUGGGCUCUUGUGCAUGUCUUUGGAGCAUGCGCAGAGUGAUGGGAUCUGUAUGGGCCCAGCCACCGCCUUUCUUGAGAUGAACAAGAGGAUUCUGCAGGUUACCUUUGCGAUAUGCAGUGUUUCUAUGGCAGGGGAACUCUGUGUGUGUGUGUGUGUGUGUGUGUGUGUGUAAAACACAUACGUAUAUAAACUUUUAAUUCUUGCUUCUCGUUCUGCGUUCUAAUUGUGGAAUAGCAAGAGUUGGAAGGAACCCAAGGGCCAUGUAGUCUGAACCUCCUGCAGUGCAAUUUAUAUACAAAAUAUAAAACUCCUGAAGCAAUACAUGAAUUAAUUUGGAGGAGAAACUUGUUUCAGAGAGUCAUAGUUUAUAGCCAUCGGGGCGGGGGUGGGUUAAACAAAAUACUGGAUUCAAAUGUAUAAUACAUUAUAAUUCUCAGUAUUGAGAAUUCACUGUGGUUCCCUGACUCUCCGUAACAAGUUUUCCCGCCAAAUUAAUUGGUGUAUCGCUUCAGAAGUUUUAUAUUUCAUAUAUGAAUUGCGUUGCAGAGGUUUGCACUAGAAAUCAGUGUUUCCCGACCUUUGGCCUCCAGCUCUUUUUGGACUACAACUCCCAUCAUGCUUAGCAAGGCCAGAGGUCAGGGAUAAUGGGAAUUGUAGUCCGAAAACAGCUGGAGACCAGAGGUUGGGAAACACGGGGUUAGACGACGGUUGGGUUCCUUCCAGCUCUACUAUUCUGUAAUGCCAUAAAUUGUAAUGUCCUUUGGCUGCCUGCAAUAAAGUUGAUUGGGUCGACAGUGAGAAUUUCAAUAAACAAGCAUAUGCAGCGCUUUUCGUUUAAUCUGUAGGCAUGCGUUCUUGCUCUGGAGCCCCGCCAGCUUCUCAUUCAGCUCUCCAUUCUGGAAGAGAUUCCUAUGGAGCCCUUUGCCACCCCACCCCCCGACCGUGGUGUAACUAAAACAUAUUUUUCUUCUCUCCCCUUCCAGACUGUGGAGCAUGGAUUCCCCAACCAGCCCAGCUCCUUGGCCUUCGACCCCAAGCUACGAAUCAUGGCCAUCGGCACCAAAUCGGGAGCGGUGAAAAUGUAUCCUUUUUGCUUUGGCUGGGCAUCCCUUCCAUGACACCAGAGGAAGGGGAAGGUAAGGGUUAACUUGCAUCUACAAAGCUUCCCACUGGGCACCCUGUUGGGAAUGGCUGUCUGAUCUGGAAAUGUGGCCCUCCCAGGCCUACCUGCUCCCCUUUCUGGCCCACAGAAUUCUUCCGAAAGCCGCACACCCUCCCACCGCCUUGCAUCCUUCAGUUGUCCUCCUUUGCACCCCAAGUUUGCAGCCGGAUUGUGUCCUUGAAGCAUGAUAACGCCUCUUGCUUGUCUGGGUGGAGGACAGAGAUGGGGUGUGUUGCGUGUGUGCUCAGGAUCUGACCUACUACCCUCUUUCCCUCCCCAUUCCUUCCUUACUCUUUCCCGACCCAGUUUUCCCUUCUGUUGUUAUUUCAUUAUUUGCAUCGAUAUUUGCAUCCUGUUUUGAAACUAAAGUGCCUCCUCAAGAUACAUAAACCUAAUUUGGUUUGGUUACAUUUUUUUUGGGGGGGGGGGAAUUUUCUGUUUCUGUGUUUUCGAAAACAAUGCCAAAACAACGGAACUGACCUGCUGCACAAAGGUAAAAUGUGCAUCGGUUGCUCUGCCUGCUUUAAAAAAAUUAAUCUGUUCCUCCCCACCCUCAAUCGCAUGCUCCCAGAAGCCCGGAUAAAAGUUGGAGAGGGCCUUCCCACCUGCAUUGUGUGGGCUGGCUUGGCUCUCUUUAAACUGCUCAAACCCUGGUCUUGGCCGCUAAAGGGAGCCCCCUAAGUGGCCGGGGGGGAGACUGAAAUGGGGCCUGAGGGACAAAGGAAGCUGCUGCAUGUUUAAAACACCACAACUUUUAGAAGGCAUGGCUUCCCCCAAAGGAUUCUGGGAAAUGCGGUUUUUUAAGGGUGCUGAGAGUUGACGCUUAUUCCCCUCAUGGAAAGACUAUUCCCAGAAUUCCCUGGGAAGAGGGGCUGACUGUUAAACCACUCUGAGAUUUCCAGGGAAUUCUGGGAACGGUCGCUCCGUGAGGGGAAUAGGGGUCUCCUAAACAACCCCAGCAGGGACGCGGGUGGCGCUGUGGGUAAAACCUCAGCGCCUAGGACUUGCCGAUCGCAUGGUCGGCGGUUCGAAUCCCCAUGGCGGGGUGCGCUCCCGUUGCUCGGUCCCAGCGCCUGCCAACCUAGCAGUUCGAAAGCACCCCCGGGUGCAAGUAGAUAAAUAGGGACCGCUUACUAGCGGGAAGGUAAACGGCGUUUCCGUGUGCUGCGCUGGCUUGCCAGAGCAGCUUCGUCACGCUGGCCACGUGACCCGGAAGUGUCUGCGGACAGCGCUGGCUCCCGGCCUAUAGAGUGAGAUGAGCGCACAACCCUAGAGUCUGUCAAGACUGGCCUGUACGGGCAGGGGUACCUUUACCUAUACAACCCCAACACCCUCAACAAAUGGCAGUUCCCAAUAUUUUCUGAGAGGAGCCAUAAGAGCCUAAUGUGGUAUGAUUAUACUUGUAAGUACUGUAUUUUUUGCUCUAUAAGACUCACUUUUUCCCUCCUAAAAAGUAAGGGGAAAUGUGUGCGCGUCUUAUGGAGCGAAUGCUGGCUGCGCAGCUAUCCCAGAAGCCAGAACAGCAAGAGGGAUUGCUGCUUUCACUGCGCAGCGAUCCCUCUUGCUGUUCUGGCUUCUGAGAUUCAGAAUAUUUUUUUUCUUGUUUUCGUCCUCCAAAAACUAGGUGCGUCUUGUGGUCUGGUGCGUCUUAUAGAGCGAAAAAUACGGUACAUCGUGCAGAUGGGGCCAUAGACAGAGCCAUAAUAAUAAUAAUAAUAAUAAUAAUUUUAUUUGCACUCUGCCCAUCUGACUGGGUUGCAGCCACUCUGGGCAGCUAUGCAAACACUGGCCUGGCCUUGGCUUUUGCUUCUGGCACCACCCAUUUCUGGCAUGUGGCCCCUGGAGCUUUUCCCGGAAGGGAAUGUGGGCUCUACAUUAAAAAAAAAAGGCUCCCCAUUCCUGGCCUUCCUAUCACCUGCCCUUUACCCUGAGGUCCCAGGUUGCAGCAAUUAAAAAAAAAUAGGUUAAAAAUAGAAUCAUAGAAUCAUAGACUCAUAGAGCUGGAAGAGACCACAAGGGCCAUCGAGUCCAACCCCCUGCCAAGCAGGAAACACCAUCAGAGCACUCCUGACAUAUGGUUGUCAAGCCUCUGCUUAAAGACCUCCAAAGAAGGAGACUCCACCACACUCUUUGGCAGCAAAUUCCACUGUCGAACAGCUCUUACUGUCAGGAAGUUCUUCCUAAUAGUGUUUAAAACAACUUGCAAUCACAGGAAUAAGGCAAAAUUUAAAAUUCGGCUUUGUAAUUCGGAAUUUAUGUGAUAUGAUUUAAUUUGAUGUGAUUGGCCAGUUAAUAAAAAUUAUUAAAAAAAAAAAAAAAGGCAGGUCCUAAAAUAUCCCCCUCAGGUGUCCAAAGCCAGAGUGAAAAGGUGUGUUUUCAGCAUUUUCCAGAAGCUGUAUACUGAAGGUGUCAGGUGCAGCUUUGUGGGGAGGGAGAUUCACAACUUAGGGGCUGCCACAGAAAAUGCCCUCUCUGCCUGGACCACCCACCCCUUGGCUUCUGAGGGCUGAGGAACUAGCUCUGCUGAUCUCGGUGCCCGAGUGGGUCUUUAGUGAGAAGGCGUUUUUUUCAGGUAUCUGGGGCCUGCAUUGUUUAGGGCAGGGGUGCCCAAACUUUUUUCAAAGAGGGCCUUCUUUUAGGAUUUUACUCCAGGAGAUAGACUGCCACAGGGGCUGUAUUAAACCGACCAGCGGGCCGAAUUAGGCUCCCGACUUUGGACAUGCCUAGUUUAGGGCUAUAAAGCCAGCUAACCGAGUAACUAAUCCCUGAGAUGCAAAAAUGCCGCUUUGAGCAGAGUUCAGAUGUUGUGUGUGGCCAGGGCUCAGGGUUGCAAAGAUUUGGCACAUUGGUUUAGAGCUGCAGAUGCAGAGUGAUUUAAGCCAGAUAUUGGAACUUUACAGCUCUCUAGACAUUUGUAUAUUUAGAGCAAGUGAGAAGUCCGGGGCCCGUUACCGUUCUUGCUAGUGAUCUUUUUUUUUGGAGGGGGAGGGCAGCUCAACAGGAGGUGGGUAGGGCAGUUCCAUACUGCAGGCACCCCUCUGAAAAAUGUUCCUGGACUCCCAACUCCCAUCAGCCCCAGCCAGCAAGGCCAGUCCUCGGUGAUGAUGGAAGUUGUAGUUACACUGCAGAUUCCUCUACCCUGAUCAAAACCUUUGUUUCUUAAAAACUGCGGACCCAAGUGCGAUAGCUUCUAGGUUCCCAUGAAAGCCCCUCGUGGUUUUAUCGGAAAAGAAGCAUGGGCUCUUACCUAACAGGUUUCAAGUGCAAUAUUCAUAAUCCUCCUUACGACCCUGCACGGUAGGCAGGUAAACAGAGGAGAGGUUUGGACUGGGUUCACAGCUUGCUCUUUGGCAUCAACUUUUAGAAGGACAACAGCAGGCCAUUUGCAACGACUCAGGGUUGCUCAUCUGCGGAGUUCUUGGCAGUUGUGCUUUGGAUCGAGUGAGGCCCCGAGAUCUGCCAGGGACUUCCUAAACCUCAACGUGCAAGGCUUGGUUUCCUUGCUGCAGGUGCUGGUGGCCUUGACACAGGCUGAUGGCAAAGCUUUUGUACCAAGGGAGGCCCAGUGUUCAAUUCUCAGCGUCACUGGCAAAAAGAAUCAGAUUGGAAGUGAUGGGAGAGACUUUUUCUGCCUGAGGCAAUGGAGACCGUUUGCAGCGCAGAGUAGACUUCACUGGGCCAGGCGAACAAAGAGUGUGAAUCAGUGAUGGGUUCCUUUCUUUCACUUGAGAUGUGCAGAGCCCUGAUAAUGCUCAACUGUCAGAGAUGUUGCCUCUUCUGCAUCCCUCCUUCCAUCAAAUCUCACCCCCCCCCCCCAGAAAUGUGUGUGUGUGUGUGUGUGAGAGAGAGAGAGAGAGAGAGAGAGAGAUGUAUGUGGUAUUCAGGAACCUUCCUAUUCUCAGAAUAUAACAAAUCCAUAAGGCAGGGAGAUGUUUUGCAAUUCUGCUUAACUCUGUGUGGAAUUCAUUGCAAUGCUAAGGAGGUCGUUCCAUCAGCACAAGAGUUUCUGCUUGUUCAACAAGGCCAGCUCCCCUCUCCUCCUGACCCCAUGCCGUUCUGAGAGGUUCACCCCUCCAGAGCAGAUUUGCAGGGAGGGAAAACGCCAUGGCGUUAGUGGGAGUCCUUUGGCUGGCUUCUGUUAGCAGAAUGAGGUAGUUGAAUCUGGCCCUUUGUGUCAGGAAUUCCCCAGAGCACUGGCCUUCAGCUGGUGGGUCAGGACUCACUUGUGAGUUGUGGCCUGAUCCAAGGUUGGGUUCCACCAGGACCACUGCCACCAGGAAAAUACGUUGUAAGAAAUUAAGAAAAGUGCAUGUUUGGAUUAAAAGUGGUUCCUGUGUUUUUGGAAAGGGUUGACAAUACCUGCUCAUCACAAAGUGAGAAACAGAUCCUUUCAUUGUCUCCACCUUUACAUGUUUGGAACUCGGGGUGUGGGGCUGUGUAUUGAUUAUCAAGCCACUUACUUUUGGUGUUGUGUUUGUUCCUCCAUUGAAGCCAAUGGAAAACCCAUCUGCUCUUCUCCUGCCUGUAACUUCAGUGUUUUCAGUCCCAUAUAGCAUACAGUUUUCAGGCAUGUUCCUAUCCCUCCAACCCCGGACAUCAAACAUGCCGAUUUUCAAGUUUUCUGUGUGUUUUGUUUUUUUUUAAAGAGGCAAUUAAAAAAACAUAAAAGUUUGCUGCAUUCCUUUUCCUCCUUCGUCUUACCUGCUCGUAGAUGUGACGUUGCUCCGGCUAAUGAGGAGGAGUGCCACCUCUGAGGGGCGUGUGCCCCAGACAGGAUGAUGGAGUUGGUGCAACAGGUGUAAUCCUCGUGGCAUCUCCUCUCUGGCCUUCCUAAAUUGCAGGUGGAGGUUUAAAUUACGGGGUCAGGGCUUGGGAGACACCUGUUUGUGUCAACCACCUGUUUUUCUCAUUCCCGGGGCAGGCGGGGAGUAGCAUGGAAGUUUUCUUGCUUUGCUUUGCUGCUACUGCCUUCUGUGGGGGAGAGGAUGAAAGAGAAGCUUUUUUCCUUUUCAUCACCUUCCCUGGAGGUGCAGAGGCAGCCAACGCCCAUGGGACACCUUGGGUGUCAUCGCUGGGUGCAAGGGAAUUUAGAGGGAGGAAAGUCACGAGGGGACUGCAUUCUCCUAGUUUUUGAGUCUUCUCUGCCAACCAGAAAGUGUCCGAGCCUCAGUUAAGGUGCCAGUUUUGAUCCGUACAAAUGGAUUGGGAUUUGGUAAGGCUGGAGGAGAAUUCAUGUUUUAAGAAAACAGGCUUUACCCCGCACCUCGUGGACUAAUUCAUGGCAGGAAAGUAAUUGGUCCUCUUUCGUUGUGCGUACUUGGCCAAAUUUUGUGCUAGCUUUCUUGGCACGUGCCUGCAAAACGUGCUGUGAUGCGUUGAAAGAUGCCCGCCUUUAGGAUGAAGUAGACUUAGGAAUGUGAACAGAGCAGAAAGGAAAGCUAACAGGCAGUCAAGUUCCUGGUUCUGGUUUUGCCGCCCUCCAAGGAAACCUGAGCAGUUGCUCCUGCUAUUCUUAGGGAGUGCUCUUUUUUUCUAACGCUUGUGUUUUGAUUUUUAAGUUCCUGUUGUGAACUGAGGUGGAGAGCUGGGGAGCAGAGUUGGAAGGGCAAUUCUCGACCCCUCUAACCGGGUUGGUGUUGAACGCAGUUGAUGAUUUGGAUUUGGGGGUGUGUGUGUUUUGUUUGAAGUUGCAAACAAGGGCCGGGAAGCCUUAACUUGGUGCAAAGCAAGGAGCAACCCCCCCCCCCCCACUUUCCAAUAAGGGUCUUCCCCUGCCCUUUUGGAAGGAAUCUGAAUAGAUGCCGUUUUUUUCGGAGGACUGCAGGAAUCUUGGCUUCUAAAACGGGCUCUUUUAAAGCCUCGGCACUGGCAUCGCUGCUAAGAUGUGCCGUCUCCAUGGAGUUCAGAAGCUCAGGAAUAGAAUGCAGGGGAACAUUCUCCCUUCUCUCUGUCUUUCUCUCCCCCCCCCCCCCCAGAGCCUCUGUCUUAUUUGCUCUUGCACCCCACGUUCUCCUCUUCCCCUCUCCAGGAAGGGCUCAGAAUUGUCAAUAUGUUAAAAAAAGAAAUAAAACACAACGUGCAUAUUUAAAAUGCACGGUUUUGUCUUUUUAGCACAUUCCCCCCCCCCAAGUAAAAAGUUGAGGCGUGACAGUAAAAAUUAAAUAUCGGCGUGGAAGCUAGUAAUGCAGUCUGGUUAUAGCAACCAGACUAGCUGACCCAUUGCUCCACAUCACCUCUAAGAUGAUUCCUGUAUUUCCGGGGCUGGACUAGAUGACUCUUGGGGGGCUCCUUCCAACUCUUAUCAUUCAAUGAACUGUAGGUGUGUGUGUGUGUGUGUGUGUGUUUUUGUCCGUGUGUGUGUGUGUGUAUUUUAAUGACUUCUAUUGUUUUUUUUUUUAAACUGCUGCAGUUCAGAUGUACAGACCUCGUUGGGAAGUGGGGGACGCAGACGUUCUCUCCAGGCAGAAAUGUGGUGCUUUCUGAACAGCAGAAUUUGGGGCGUCCAAUUUUUUUUGCGGUUCUUUGUAGUUACAGCCCCCUGCCGCUUGGCUUUCUCUCUCCUCUCCUCUCCUCCCCCCCCCCCGCCCUUUCUGGGUCUGUAGUUGUGCUGGAAGGGCUCAGCCGUGCUGGCUUCAGUUCAGUACAUGUGUGAGUUGGGAAGACAAUGGGGGAAAUGGGCUUAAGAACAGAGGAUAAAAGUUCUCAAGUAAGUUGGGCUGGGGGGCGAGUAGGGGGAAGUUCUCUACAUCCCAGCCAGGCCAGGGGAGGAAGCAGCUGAAGGGGUAAAAAUAAAAGCCGACACCGGUGCCUAAAGGGAGUCUUCCUCUCCUCCGGAGAGGUCUUGGUAGGGAAUUGCUCUUCCCAGGGAUGGCUGCCAAGGAGAGCUGGUGGGAAGGUCGAAUGCUGCAAAGCACCCCCACAACCCAUAAAAAAUAAAAAUCCUGGUUGUGGUUGGCUGCUGAUGCUGGCUUGGCAAAGACUGAAUACGCACACAAUCUCUCUCUCUCUCUCUCCUCUCUCUCUCUCUCUUAUUCUGCUAAAGAGAUGAACAUUUGCGGCCAAAUUUCUGAACAGGCAGGAAACUUUCCCUGGUUUCCUUAUUGUGUGUUACCCAUUGCUGAAUACCAUAUUAGAUUGAUUUCUCCGCAGGUAAGGUGGUAAGGGACGCAGGUAAGGGAUGCGGGUGGCGCUGUGGGUUAAACCACAGAGCCUAGGACUUGCCGAUCAGAAGGUCGGUGGUUCGAAUCCCCGCGACAGGGUGAGCUCCCGUUGCUCGGUCCCUCCUCCUGCCAACCUAGCAGUUUGAAAGCAGGUCAAAGUGCAAGUAGAUAAAUAGGUACAGCUCCGGCGGGAAGGUAAACAGCAUUUCUGUGCACUGCUCUGGUUUCGCCAGAAGCGGAUUAGUCAUGCUGGCCAUAACUAGAUCUAAUGGUGGUCCCUUUACCUUUAAGGUGGUCUCUGACCCCAUUCGCGCCGAACAUUCAAAGCACUGCGAUACCACAGUUAUGCUGAGAGGGUGCUGCGAGUUGUUCGGAGACCUCCCCUUGCCCCUCACAGAGCUGCAGUUCCUGGAGUGGUCUAACAAACUUUUUUUUGGUGUGUUUUUUUCCCAUUGCUGAAUUUUCAAUUGGCUGCUCUGUAGGGUUGGGCUCUCUCUGACCACAUUCACACCAUGCCUUCGAUUUACUGUGAUGCCACUUCAAAAACACUCACAGCUUCUCCCAAAUAAUCUUGGGAGAUGUAGUUUGUUAAUUUCUGCUGAGAGGUAAAGGGACCCCUGACCAUUAGGUCCAGUUGCGGACGACUCUGGGGUUGCGGCACUCAUCUCGCUUUAUUGGCCGAGGGAGCCAGCGUACAGCUUCCGGGUCAUGUGGCCAGCAUGACUAAGCCGCUUCUGGCAAACCAGAGCAGUGCACGGAAAUGCCGUUUACCUUCCCUCCGGAGCGGUACCUAUUUAUCUACUUGCACUUUGACGUGCUUUCGAACUGCUAGGUUGGCAGGAGCAGGGACCAAACAACGGGAGCUCACUCCGUCGCAGGGAAUCGAACCACCGACCUUCCAAUCAGCAAGCCCUAGGCUCUGUGGUUUAGACCACAGCGCCACCCGCAUCCCAAGCUGAGAGUUAGGAGGCUCCAAUACCACUCCCAGAGCUACAAUUCCCAGAAUUCCCUGUGAUUAUUAAUCCGCUCUGGGAAUUGUAGCGCCGUGAGGGGAAAAUGGUGGGGGGGGGUUGGCUCACAGCACCCUUAACAGGCUACAACUCCCAGAAUUCUCUGGGGAAAGCCAUGGCUGUUUAAAGUGGUAUCAUAGUGGUCUGAAUGUGGCCUCCCUCCUUGGUCUGUCAACAUAGAAUUGUAGAGUUUGAAGGGAGGACAUGGGAGUCAUCUAGCCCAACCCCCUGACAUGGGGCUCGAACCCACGACCCUGAGAUUAAGAGUCUCAUGCUCUCUGUUCCGCUUGGGUCAGUUACAAGGCAGAAUGUCGGUCAGCCGACUUGUAUCCCUCACCCAGGCCUAAUGCAAGUUCCCCACUUCUCGCCCCUUGAUCAUAUCCAGAUAUGCACGGUUCCAGGCUUGGUUGCCAAGCACCUAGUUCUGUACCCUAGCCUAAUGGAUUAUUGACUAUAAGCACAUAUUGCUUUAAUUGGGCUUUGCUUAAUUGCAUCUCGCAGAUAUUGCUCCCUACGAGGAUGCGGGUGCAGGCAGCCCAGCGCUUUCAGGGGAUGAACCCGCCACCGUCACCCCUCUUCUGACCUCAAGAGUUGAGCUGGAUAAGCGGGGGUUUUCUAUCCUGCCCUUUGGGGGGGGUGCUGGGUUAACGGGCUACAGCACGGUAUAACUUUUAGAUGCCCCAGGAAACCAAGAAAUGUGUGUGACCGACUUUAUUGAGGUUGCCUGGACCCAGGCUUGCAAUCUCUCCGAGGCAUGCUUGUAGUCCUUUAUAAAAGUCUUUUUUAAUGGCUGAUUUGCGUUGGGUCAGAUUGUUAUAUUGUGAUCUGUGUUGCGUGUCUUGUUGCGUCUUCAACUUGUCAGUGUACCUUGUGCAUGGCAAUACAGGAAGGCGAACGAAAAGGGGAAUUAAAAAUUAAAUGAACAUUAAGAAAGGGAAUUGAGAAAAUUCCAGACGUCCUUGUGGGGGAACAGAAUGGGGAUAAUCUGAUUUUCCAUUCAUUUUUCCUUUGGAUGCGUGGCAGGUGAGCUCCUGGAAGAGGGCCUCUCAGGAAGAACAACAGCCCUAGCACUUUCCCCCUUCAUGAGGACUAGAAGCUUGGUCUUUGUCGAUAUGUAAGAUUUAAGACAGCUGAGAUUCUUGGGAUUCUCUGGAGGUUAACUCCAUUAACAUUCUCAAAACGUUUGCAGGCCUCUUGGAUCAGACACACAGGCGUUCAGUAGAAUGUGAAAUUCAGGCCUGGAGGACUCUGCGAGCCUAGUGAUUUAUCAAAAUUAGCUUUUAAUCUCUGGAAGCAUCAACUUCUAUUCUUUCACAAUAAAACCAAACUCAGACCCUACAGUUUACUGCAGUGACGGGUAAAAUAAAAAUGCCCCCUGUCACCUCCUGUAAAAUAAAAAUAAAAAAAUCCUCUGCCUUCAGGGCUUGUUUUUUUUUUUUUUAAGUUCACCCCCAAAAAUAAAAUUAAGCGGGCCACUUUUCCUGGUAUCGGGUCAAUGAAGCGUCUCUUCUUAUGAAUGGGGAGCCUGUCUUGCGUCUGUUACUGGUGGCUGCAGUGCAGGAAUCUGCCCAGUUGGUCAGCGCUGCCCGCCUCCCCUCCUUCGACCCAGCCCCCCUCCUUGCUAGCCGCACAUAGCCAGAGGUCUAGGGAGCCGGAAGUGGGGGGGUGAUGGCUAAAAUGUCUUUGGUUGGCGUGGAUGCCUGUUGGCUGGAUUUUGGAAGCCGCUGUUGCUGGGAGGCCCUGGCUUGGCAAGAAUUUGAGGGGGCGUCUUGACGUGUGGGGCAGGGUGCAGGGGCAGAGGGGCUUGCGCUGGAGGCAAAACAGCAAAAGGAAGAAGGGUGACGCAUAUUCAUUUUCCCUCCGGAGAGCUGAGCUCAGUCCAAGGGCCGGAUUCCCUCCUGGGCAAGCUUUCGGAGGGCCACAUGGUCAAAAGGGGUGGAGCAAGCGCACUUCAAUUUUUUUGCUUUCGUACAAAGCGUAGUUUCUGCGCCCCACUCUGCCGUCCAUUCGGGCAAGCAGAUCUGAACUCCUCAUGCUCAAAAGCAUAUUUUCGGACCAGUAUACCUGAAGGAGCGUCUCCACCUCCAUCAUUCUGCCCAGACACUGAGGUCCAGCUCCGAGGGCCUUCUGGCAGUUCCCUCGCUACGAGAAGCCAAGUUACAGGGAACAAGGCAAAGGGCCUUCGCAGUGGUGGCGCCCGCCCUGUGGAACGCCCUCCCAACAGAUGUCAAAGAGAAAAAUAACUACCAAACUUUUAGAAGACAUCUGAAGGCAGCCCUGUUUAGAGAAGCUUUUAAACUUUAAUAGGUUAUUGUAUUUUAGUGUUCUGUUGGAAGCCGCCCAGAGUGGCUGGGGAAACGCAACCAGAUGGGCGGGGUAUAAAUUAUUAUUAUUAUUAUUAUUAUUAUUAUUAUUAUUAUUAUUAAGAACACUUGCUGAAGAAAUCUGCAAAAAUUAAGUUUCGCCCCUAAAAUGACACGCCCUAGGGGUGCAAUGCACUCGCACGGCCUGUUUUGUGGGAGCUCCUGCCUGUAGAUUUCUCUGUGUCUCAGUUCAUGGUAUUGUCACUUUGAGUUGCUCGCUGCUGUUCCUUAGUUCACAAACUUGUCAUUUUGGGGUCACCGUGAGGACCUCAUCUGCCUCCAGCGCUGUCUGCCUGGGUCUGCUGCGAGACGAUGGGCUGCACGCAUGGUUGAAGCCCAGAAGCCAUGGCGGUUCCAGGGUGCACCUGCAUGAUGCAAUCAAAGCAGCGCCACACCACAUGGCUUUCCCCCAAAGAACUCCGGGAGCUGUAGUUUGCUAAGGGAGAGACUUCUAGUCCCCUCGCAGGGCUACAGUUCCCAGAGUUCCCUGGGAAAGAGGGACACAAUUGUUAAACCGCUCUGGGAAUUGUAGCUCUGCGAGGGGUGCAGAGUCUUCUAAUGACUCUCAGCACCCUGGACAAAAGUAUAGUUUCCGGGAUUCUUUGGGGGAAUCCACGGCUGCUUUAAGGGGUUAUGACACUGCUGUGAAUGUAUGGUCACAUGGACCUUGGACAGUGUUAGAAAUUAGUCAGGCGCCAGGUACAUUUUGCCCCUGGCUUCCGACCACUUGCGACCAAGUGGGAAUGCCUGGGCGCCAGAAUGGUGCCUGACAUCUCCACCAUCUGGAGCUCCUUGGAUCUAGACUGUUUUCACACACUAAUACCCCAUCCUGUAGGAUUCUAUCUGUUGCGCUGUAUUUUUAUCGGCAAAAUUGGGAUGAAUUUCAGGAACCAACGUGUGUAGCCUGAGCAGCAACAGUAGCUGUUAAGAAAAAGAGUUAGGAAUAGGCCAAUAUAUAUGUGGGUCAAGUGACUCUUCUUCCUUUAAGUUCAAAAUUCUUGACCUAGCUCAAGGUUGUCAUCUGAACUAGCCAGAUGCUUAACUGAGAAACAAUCACUGUCAGUCCAUCAUUUGAAAAAUAAAACUUUAGAGCUGUCUUGCCCCAAAAUGGCAACUAGAUGUUUCAUUUUGGCGACUGCAACCUUUAAGCUUAAGGAGCCAUUUGGUGCCUAGGUUAUAUAUCUUGAGUUUCUAACCACUGACCUCGGAUGGUGACAGAUUUCCAAAGUCUCCAACUGAGAACAUUUUUUCUUCUUCAGCCUUGUUCCCAUUUAGCUCAGGGAUGGAGAAUUCUGUGGCCCUUGAGAAGGUUGUUGUACUACACCUGCCAUCGUCCCUUCCCAUUGGCUAGGCUGGGCUGGGGCUGCUGGGAGUUGGAGUCCAACAACGUUUUCGAGGGCCACAGGGUGCCCCCACCCCUGCUUUAAGCUGGAAAGCCAAGGAUUCCCAGUUUGGUGCAGUGCCUAGAUUCUGCCAUUGAGUUCUGGCUCCUCUUCAUAUUAAAAAGGCAAUAACACCACAAGAGUUGUUUUUAAAGAGCAGCUUUUGCUAACUCGGUACAUCAUCAGACUUCAGUUAGCUGCAAAAGAAGAAAAAUGCAAAAUGAAAUAAAAAACCACUUGCGCCUUUGACUGUGCGCCAUUGUGGUUGCAACGGGGAAGGAGGGGGAAGUUGAUUGGCAGGAAAGAUCAGCCGGUAAAGUGCUAAGUAUCAGAAGGAUGGCUUUGUGUGUGUUUGCGGUGGUGGGACUUGUGAUUUGUGAAGGCGUAGAUCUGCCAGCAAUGAUAAGCUUUGUACUUGAGUUGCUCUGCUUCUGGAUGCAGGCUUGGGCUCCUGUGUAUCGAUGGGUUCCCCCAACUCACCCCAAAAAUGUACACAGUAUCAUAGAAUUUCAGGUUCAUAGUCCAACCCGCUGCAAUUCAGGAAUCUCAGCUAAAGGAUCCAUAGAUGGCCACCCAACCUCUGCUUAACCCCCCCCCCCCCAACCUUCCAAGGUCAUCCGUUCCACUGUCAAACAGCUCUUGCCCUCAGAAGGUUCUUCCUAAGGUUUACUUGGAAUCUCAUUUCUUGUAACUUGAAGCCGUUGGUUCGAGUCCUACCCUCCAGAGCCGGAGAAUACGAGCUUAACCUACCUCGCAGGGUCGUAAGGAGGAUACAGCAAAACACACUGUGGGUGCAUGCACAGUUUCUUGGAGGAGAGGCGGGCGAUAGAUGUUAACACAGGCCAAACGCCCAGUAAUAAAUUAAGUUAGUUGUAUGCUGCGUUCUUUGAUCUUUGCAAAUAAAGCUUCUUUCCAGCCUCUGAGAUGUGAGGAGGUGCCUGACAGUUUUUGACAGAUGUGCUUGACUGUUGUGGACUCUCCUUCCUUCAAGGUUUCUAAGCCAAGGUUGGAUGGCCGUCUGCCAUGGAUGCUUUAGCUGAGAUUCCUGCAUUGCAGCGGGUUGGACUAGAUGACCCUCAGGGGUCCCUUCCAACUCUACGAUUCUGUAAUCAUAUCUGAUCCAAGGUCCUCCAACAAGCUUCAUGGCUCAGAAAUCACUACAUUUUAGCUGCCUUUCUCGGGUGGGUAGGUGGUUGGGUGCAGGGUGUUCAUUCUGUUUGACGUCUGAUUCAAGCAGCAGCUGGACCUGCGCCUGUCUAUUUAAAUACAGAUCUUAAAAUGGCUAUAUUCCAGUGGAGAAAAACACACAGAUAUGCAACUAUUUUUACAGACCUGCUGUCGUGUGCAGUUAGAGAAACCUCCCGUCCCAGAGCACAAUGCAAUCUCCCUCUGCCUCCCUUCCUUCAAAUACACAUUGUGUUUACAUAGGAAGGCUGUCAUUGCGGAACCACAAUCCUAUAGAUAGCAAAGGGCCAUCAUAGCCCCCCAUUUUUUCCCCUAUGGGGAUGUGGCUUGGAAUCACCUCUUGCAACUCUCUGUCUUCUCCUUACCUUAUUAAAGGUAAAGGUAAAGGGACCCCUGACCAUUAGGUCCAGUCGCGGACGUCUCUGGGGUUGUGGUUCUCAUCUCGCUUUAUUGGCCGAGGGAGCCGGCGUACAGCUUCCAGGUCAUGUGGCCAGCAUGACUAAGCCGCUUCUGGCGAACCAGAGCAGCGCACGGAAACGCUGUUUACCUUCCCGCCAGAGCGGUACCUAUUUAUCUACUUGCACUUUGACGUGCUUUUCGAACUGCUAGGUUGGCAGGAGCAGGGACCAAGCAACGGGAGCUCACCCCGUCGCGGGGAUUCGAACCAUCGACCUUCUGAUCGGCAAGUCCUAGGCUCUGUGGUUUAACCCACAGCGCCACCCACAUCCCCCUUACCUUAUAUGGGGAACCCAAAAUGUAAAGCAGCCUCACGUAUCCCUCCCAUUCAGAAACUUUGGGGAGUAUUGCAAUGCAAGAGAUGGCAUACACACAAACCCUUGGCCAGGGGUGUAAGAGGACUUCCCGUUGCGAUUUCCUGGAAAGCAACCUUGAAUUAAUUUUGGAGAUGCUGCUCUCGCUCUCGAGGGCCGUCUCCCAAAAGCUGGGAAUGCAGGAGAGUCGGGUCGGAGAGCAGGAGCAAGCUAUGUUGGAGUGCCGGCUCCAGCCGUCCCCCCCCCCCCCAGGGCAAUCAAUACCACUCUGCUCGCAGAGGCAUGCCACCAGUGCGUGAAAGCUUGCACAGCAAGAUUUCUGCAUUUCGCAACAAGGUCACAGCUGCCCAGGGGAGAUGAGAGGGAAAUUGGCAAGAGGACGAUGACACCCUCAAACAGUCCUGCUAACAGAUUCAUUUGCCUGCCCUGGAUGGGGUUGCACACACAUGCAUGCGCACAAAGACCCGAAGGAGCAGGUUUGCAAUAGGGCUGGGGAUAUAUAUAUAUAUGUAUUCCAAAAGUGAACUCCGUAUUGUGAUAUCGGUUUCAUCAUUUUGGACCCGGGAAUAUACUGCGAAUCGUGAUGUGUGUUCUGAUGCUCCACAGCAGGGGUUAGGAAACUCGGGGCCCUCCAGACCUCUCUCUGUGGCCCUUGUGAGUCUCCCAGGCCACAUGCACGCUCACCAUCCCAACUGCAUGCCCUCUGUGAAUGCUUUGGACCAGCCAAAAUGUUCCCUUGAGCUGCACUGAUGCCUUGUGCCUGCCCGGGUGGAGGAUGGAGAAACAAUUGUGUGUGUGUGUGUGUGUGUGUGUGUGUGUGUAGAUACCGCAGUUUUGCUUGGCUAGCAUGUAGCCUGUUAAAGUACAAAGGAGGUUUUUUUUGUUUCUGUAGCUCUGCCCACUUUUGCCUCUGGCCCCACCCACCACGGCAUGUCACCAAGGUCACCAACAGGAAAUGUGGUCUUUGAGCUUCCCUGCCGCUGCCAUAGAAUAAGCCCGGCUCUGCCAUUGCCCUCUGGACAUCUGGCCUCCCAGGUGCUGCUGCUUCCCAGCCUCCAUUCAUUCCCUUUGGAAGCCAGCGCUCUUGUCCUUGCCCUGCUGGAAUGAAUGGAGAUGGCAAAGCUGUGAAUCCCAUCCAUUGUCUUGUGUUCUUUGUGUGGCUUCUCUCUCUCUCUCUCUCUCUCUCUGUGUGUGUGUGUGUGUGUGUGUGGAGAGAGACUAGGGCAGCAUAGAAAGUUCAUUCCUGAAACGACAUGCUUAGAUGUUUGAAAAUUUAGCCAGCCCUUUCUCUCAAAAAAAAGGAAGAGAAAAAGAAAGCAAGUUUUUUUUUUUAAAAAAAUGGUACUAUUUUGUCUCUUUUUUUGCAUCCGGAUGUAGGACUUGUGAAAAGUUCAGUCUCAGAAGCAGUCGCCUACCAGGUCGACUGUGGAGAACCUUUUUCAACAUCUUCAACCAUAAAAGCCAAACUCGUUUAUGAAAGAAUAGUUUGGGGUUUUGUUUUGUUUUUAAAAAAGCAACGUAUCUGGAAAAAACCAAAAGAAUAGAGAUAAAAAGAAUGUACUUCCAUAACCCUUUCUUAACUACCAUUGUUCAUUAUUAUUUAAUAUGAACACUGCAUGGAAAUUUAUGGCUGUAAUUUAAAAUUACAGUUUUUGUGCUGUUCUGCCAAAUGGAAGGGAAAGGUGAAAAAAUUUCGGCUGGUCCAAAGCAUUCAUGGAGGGCAUACAGCUGGGAUGAUGAGCAUACAUGUGGCCUGGGAGACUCACAAGGGCCACAGAGAGAGGUGUGGAGGGCCCCGAGUUUCCUAACCCCUGCUGUGGAGCAUCAGAACACACAUCACGAUUCGCAGUAUAUUCCGGGAUCAAAAACGAUGAAACUGAUAUCACGAUACAGAGUUCACUUUUGGACAAUAUUUCUAUAUACGGUGGUACCUCGGGCUAGGAACUUAAUUCAUUCUGGAGGUCCGUUCUUAACCUGAAACUGUUAUUUACCUGAGGUACCACUUUAGCUAAUGGGGCCUCCCACUUCCGCUGUGCCUCUGCCACGCGAUUCAGCAGGGAACUCUUUUCAGACCAAGGGGCAGCGUCCAUCUGCCUCAAUACUACCUACAGCGACAGGCAACUACUCUCUAACGGGAUCUUUCCAAACCAUCCCUGAAUCUGGAACCUCCUGCAUGCCAGGUUGCGCCCCCUCAGGAUUCUGUGCCCUAGGCCACGGCCCCCACCACCACCACGCUACGCCACUGUGCCAAAUCCAAGCAUGCUUUAACCUUGGGACUUUUGAUUGUGGGGCCUGGGAGCCAGAGGAAGCUGGAGUCUCUUUUUGGUGAGGCUUGUAGGCCUUACCCAACUCGUUCUCCUCACUCCUCCUCUCCCCGCUGCCUGUCAGCUCCUGAAUUUCUGCUGCAGAAGUCUUUGAGCAGGAUCCCCGCCUGCACGUUUAGGCCCACGGCCAGCUUGGGGUGCAUCUGAAACCCUCUUUGCUCCUGGCAUCCUCUGGCUUCCCUUUGCAGAAAGUGUAACCGCAGCGAGCGAGGCUUGCAGCGCAUGCUAGAAUUCUGCCUCUGCAGCAAUCUCUGGGUCCCUCCCUCUCUCCCUCUCGUUUUAGCAAGGCAGUUUUUAUUCUUGGUGCACCAAGAGGCCUCUCUUAGAACCCUGCACACUCCCUUUCACCAAGUCUUCCUUUCUUUGCCUCUUUUGUAAGUGUUCACAAGGGGGGGGGGGUUGUCCUCCUCCAGCGAAAGCACUGCUUAGUUAACGCCUGGUUGCUGAACCACUCAAUCCUUGAACUGGUUUGGUUUCAAGUCGGAAACCAGAAUCGACCCUCCCCUUCCCUCUCCUUAUUCGCCCCCGCGUACAUAUGGAAGGUUUCAUUUUUGCACUUUGUGUGUGGGAGGAAUUUAUCCAACCUUUCUUCUAAGUGUUUUAUUUUCGUUCCGUUUGCAUACUGCCCUUCAAUAAAGCAAUCAAGUCAGAUUGGAUUGCAAACCGGAGAGUAAAAAUACAAUAAAGGGCAUGGAGGAACCCGCAAGUGGAAGAAUAAACGGAGCGGUAAAAAAUCCAUGCAGGUGUUGGAAAACCCUGGAAAAUAGAAAUCUGUGCCCAGGAAUGAGGGACAUUCAAGAAAGGGGCAGGCAAUUAACCCUUCCUAGCAAGAGGCUUCAAUAAAGAGGCCUCUAGAUUAUAACAUGUGUAUUAAAACAACCCUUUAGCACUUAUUCUCCUAUGUUUCCCCACUACCAGAGCUUAGAUUGUAGGCUCUUCAGGGCAGAGACUCUUCUCUAUGGACAGUCUAUUCUGGAGUAGAUCAGUUGAAAGCAAGUUACUUAGAUGCAUGGAUUUCAGUGGGUCUCCACAAACACGCACCCGGGGCAAUUAAUUAAUUAAUUAAUGCCCCGCCCAUCUGGCUGGGUUUCCCCAGCAGCUCUGGGCGGCUCCAAACCGAAUAUUAAAAACACAAUACCUCUGUACUUGCAUUGUUUGGUAAAUUGCCAUAGGCUGAUGGCAUCUACUUCCGAGCCAAGUUCAAGGUCCUUGUAUUAAUUGACCAAGCCCUGAACAACUUAGGUCCAGGGUAGCUCAGGGACUGCUCGAACACUUAUAUCCAGUAUGGUUUCAAAUUGGGUGGGGUACAGUUUGUUGAGAUUCCUGCAUUGGAAGUGGUUGGACUAGAUGACUCAUGGGUCCCUUCCAACUCUACAAUUCCAAUAGUUCUAUCCCAUCUCAAUCACUGAGCUCGCUUGCCAGUGCGUCAUUCGUCCCCCGAGUUGGUGAGGCUCAUUUGGCAGCAACAAGAAGCCGAGCCUUUAAUGGCGUCGACUCAGUCUUGUGGAACUCUCUGCCAAUGGAAAUUCAACAGACACCUUCUGUUUCAACUUUUAACCGCCUGCUGAAAACUUUUCUGCUCAGCCUGUGCAAGCCAUUAGCAAUACAUCGUUCCACAAUGGUUAAUUGAUGUCUGUGUUUAACUUUUUAAAUAUGUUUUUUACUGCAAUAUUAUACAUAUUUUUGUUGUGAUUUUAAAAAAACGAAAUAGCUGUAUACAGUGGUACCUCGGGUUACAGACGCUUCAGGUUACAGACUCCACUAACCCAGAAAUAGUACCUCGGGUUAAGAACUUUGCUUCAGGAUGAGAACAGAAAUCGCACAGUGAUUAAGUGAUUAAGUUCAUAACCCGAGGUACCACUGUAUAGACAUUUUUAAAAUAAAAUAAAAUGGCAACAUACUAAGAAUCCGAAGGAAAAACUAAAGGGGAGAUCUUUGGGAUACAUGGCUGGUCAGUUAAAGAAUGCAAGUUGGGCGGCUCCUUUUGCAGUUCUAAAACAUCUGUAAGGCACCCAGUUGCGGAAGGCUGUGCUAAGUAAUGGUUGGUUAUCUAUGGUUUGUUUUCGUCUUGUGAACCAUGGUUUGCCAUUAUCUCUGUAACCAACAGCCUCGCUUAACCGUGGUUUGUUUGGCCAUCCUGGGCCGGGUGCUCACCAACCUAAAGAGGCGAAAGACAAAUUAAGCUUUGAGGAAACAAGCCAUUGUUUGAUCACCUUGUUGGCUGAGCCCAAACCAUGGUUGGCACGAAUCACGGUGUGGUAUUAUGCGCAAACGCAGUCCGUAUGCGGAGGCCUCUUCCAGCUGUCAGCUGUUUGUUUUCUCUCCUUCCCUAAAGCCAGCGGAUGUGCACAGUUUGCCUGUUUGGCUGACCUGCUGGUGGGCUUGAAAUGUUUGGAUCCAGAUGGGGCAUCAGGCUGGGGAAUUGCAGCUUUCCCCCCCUCCUGCCGCCCAACAGUGACACAUCAGAGCCCCUUGGAGAGCUUUUAAAGACUGUUUCUCGUCACUUGGCAGCUCUUUGCUAAAUAUUAGCAGCUUUAUGGCCGGUGGGUCCCUGUGGCUUUCGAGCCGUUGCCAGAGAGAUGUUGAAAAACAUCUCCAGUCUGUCUCCCACCAGCGAGGAAUCUCUGUCCAUCUGUUUUAACCCAGUGAAUGGCAGACACUCUGGGGAGAAUUAGGAGUCUUUAUCCAGAAGACCAUCCCCUCUUUAAUUCCAGACAACGAAAAAGGAAUUAUCCUGUGCUGACCUAGUCGCGCCUUGGAGUUGCUGCCUUACUCUUUAUUUCUGCACCAAAUCUUCCAUAUUUACACCAUGUAAAAGCACCAUGUGAAGCACUCUUAGAAUCAUGGAAUUGUAGAGCUGGAAAGGUUGCCAAAGGUCAUCUAGUCCAACCCCCUGCAAUGCAGCAAUAUGCAGCUGUCCCGUACGGGGAAUCAAAUUUGCAACCUUGGCAUCAUUAGAGCACCCCACUCUAACCAACAGAGCUAACUGCUUCAAACAGUCACAGCUUCCCCCAAAGGAUUCUGGGAGCUGUAGUUUACCGGGUGCCUUUGUGCUUACUCCCACCCACUCAGUUUUCCUUCAGAAUUGUGAUGCAUGCACAAAUCCUGCUCCUUAACAACCGUUUGGAGCAGGAGGCGACAAAGCCCAGCAUCAACGUUGAGCCAAUUCUGGGGUGGGUUUUUUGUUUUUGUUUUAUUGCGGCUGUAAAUCUCAAAAAGCAUUUCGCCCAAUAAAACGAAGCUAAUCCGCCUUGCGGCAGUGGCGGCCUUAGCGUUUAGGAUGGGCACUGCGUGUGUGCUGGGGGUGAGCAGGAAACGCCAGACGUCUCUUGGUCUGAGCCUUUAUAAGGAGAGGGAUAAUGCUCCCCAUAGCAUCUGCAUGAGAUCACGGACUUUCCUUUUGGACCCGGUUGACCUGAUGGCAACACUGCCUUUUCAGGGUACUGGUUUGCUACGGAUUGUGCCCUCUGCAGUUAUUGUGUCCUUUGGUAGCUGAUCUUUUGCAGGAAAAACUCUGUUGUAUCGAGCAUGCAUGGAAUCGACUGUAAGAGUGCCAUCAUAACGAUGAUAGAUUAAUUAUGGGGCAUGUAUUGCGCUGGUUGGGACGCGGGUGGCGCUGUGGGUUAAACCACAGAGCCUAGAUCAGAAGGUAGGCAGUUCGAAUCCCCAUGACGGGGUGAGCUCCAGUUGCUCGGUCCCAGCUCCUGCCAACCUAGCAGUUCGAAAGCACGUCAAAGUGCAAGUAGAUAAAUAGGUACCACUCCAGCGGGAAGGUAAACAGCGUUUCCGUGUGCUUCUCUGGUUCGCCAGAAGCGGCUUAGUCAUGCUGGCCACAUGACCCGGAAGCUGUACGCCGGCUCCCUCGGCCUAUAGAGCGAGAUGAGUGCCGCAACCCCAGAGUCGGCCAUGACUGGAGCUAAUGGUCAGGGGUCCCUUUACCUUUAUUGCGCUGAUAGGGGCCAUGCAGAGGUUUGUUUUGGCCUGCUGACCCACAUGUAUGAUGCUCCUCGUAGAACCAUAAAGUUGGAAGGAACCACAAAGGUCAUCUAGUCCAGCCCCCUUGCAAUGUAGGAAUCUCUUGCCCAACAUGGGACUCAAACCCACGACCCUGAGAUUAAGAGUCUCAUUUUCUACCGACUGAGCUAUCCCAUAGGUUCUCUUCUUCCUCCAAGCUCUUUUCUUGUGUUUAAGCUGGAUAUCGUAAUUUUAUAAGGCCCCAUCCACACCAUGCAUUUAAAGCAGUUUCAUACCACUUUAAGCAGUCCUGUCUUUUCCCCAAAGAAUGCUCGGAACAGUAGUUUGCUAAGCAUGCUGAAAGUUUUUCGGAGAUCCCCAUUCCCCUGCCAGAGCUGCAACCUCAAGAGUGGCUUAAUGAUCAGGGGAUUGUGGGAAUUGUAGUUCUGUGAGGACUGCAGCCCAUUUCCUCUCCUCCUCCUCCUACCAACUCUCAGCCUCUUAACAAACUACAGUUCCCAUAAUUCAUUGGGGGAAGCUGUGGCAGGAAGAAAGUAUUUUCAGAUAAAAAAGUAUCUCAGCUUGCAAGCUCAUUGUCCAAACACCUGAAAAUCCAGCCUCAUUUAUUGAACUGAUACUUGUUAUACCCUUAACGGGUCCUGAUGCCCUGCAAGCACCAGAGAAACCUGUACUGGACAAACUGAUCUGUGCUUUGGACACGAGAAAUGGCAGCUGGAACACCUCUGAGCAUACGCAGAGUGCCUUUUCCUCUCUUGCUCCUGAACAGCUUCAGUUGGUUCCAUCAUCCUUGGGGCCAGGGGAUGUGGCUAUAGGGCAGACUUCCUACCAGGACUGUCUGGGGUGGGCAUAGGCAAACUCCGGCCCUCCAGAUGUUUGGGUCUGCAACUCCCAUCAUCCCUAGCUAGCAGGACCAGUGGUCAGGGAUGAUGGGAAUUGUAGUCCCAAACAUCUGGAGGGCUGGAGUUUGCCUAUGCCUGGUCUGGGGGGAAAGCCAAAAUUUUAAGCAAUCCACGCUACCCUAGGACAGGCUUGGGGGGUGGGGAGAUGAACCCGUGAGAAAGUUCAGGGGUUCUUGCAGCCCCGCUGCCGCUAAUGCUGUUGUUCAUACUUAAAGAAGCAAUGCCUAAUUGCAGCCCUGGACUGCCUAUCGGGGGGAAGACAUGGGGAGAAUCAAGGAUUUUUAUAAUGUAGUGACUCGCGUCUCUUUCUGAUCUUUCCCUGCUGUCUGAGCCCCUUUCUAGACCCUGAACUUUCCUGUAGCCAGGCCAGCUUGAGACGAAACUUUUUUGGGGGGUGGGGAAGGUGCGAUUAUAAUAUAAUAUUAUAAUAAUUAUAUUAUAUUAUAUUAUAUUAUAUUAUAUUAUAUUAUAUUAGUAUAAAAUGUGGAGGAUCCGGGUUGUACAGAGAACUUUACUGUUUGUGCAACUGUAAAAGUGUCAGAGAGAAGUUGUUCUUGGCUCAAAAACUUACAAAUGGUAUGCCAGGGUUGCAUCCAUGCUCCCUAUGAAAAGCACAUUAAGGGCGGUAUCCAGCCCCCUCGUCCCACCAGCAUGGAAAUUCCUGUUUGUGCAAUGCGACUUGCCCAUACCCAAAUUUUCUCCUGUGAGUUUGGGGACCCCUAAAACAAAUUUAAGAGGUGCACAGGAGAGGAGAGGGGGGAAAGUCCUCUUCUGCAAGUGGAAAUCCUUGUUACUUGAUGCUGCGUGCAGGACUUUUUAAGGGCUUCCGUGAGCUCAGCUGAGAAGGGAGCCUGUCGCUUCUCUGAAUGAUCCCCUGCUUUGGCGUUUACCUCCCUCCAAGUCAGCUGCUGAUGGGUGUGUGGCAUGGUUAGAAAUUAGCCAGGCGCCAGGUGCCUUUUGCGACUAGAUCGGGUCCAGUUGCGACCACGUGGAGAUCUCUGGGUGUCAGGGUAGCGACAGACGUCCCCAUCUGGCUAGCUCCUCCAGCUUUCUUAAGCAGCUUAAUUAUUGCAUUUUUAUCCCACCUUUAUCUCCAAGGGUUACAUGGUUCCCACCCCCCCCCCCCAUGAAUCCCUACGAUGACAGCCUCUGGGAGGUAGGUUAAGAGGCUGGUGUGUGGCUGUGUGAUCACACAAUGCAAUUAUUUCGUCCCAUUCAGAGGAGGCUUCUGUCGUCUCUUUAUGGUCCCCCGUUCUCAUCUUGCGCUCUUUGAAUCCACCUGUGAUGGGUGAUCUGUGAUCCAUUCUCGCCUGCUUCGAGGACUCAGCGGAACAACCUGCCUUGACCUUCUGGACGUGCCUAAAAGCUAGAGGGCAGGUUGAGUCCCCGUCCAAAACACGUCCUUCAAAAUCCAGGCCAGAGAGAGAACCGUUGAAUUCUCCCUUCUGUGCACGGUUCGCUGCUCUGAAAUGUGUGCCGCCGUCGCUUGUGGAGCAGAGAGCUGGCCCGGCUCUUUGAAAACUAGGUCACCAUCAACAUGGAAAACAAAAGCAACAAUUUCGUGCCUGCAAGUGAAAGGAGAACUGCGAUGUGGGACAGAGUGCAGGGCCCACGUCUACGCCACGUUUAGAGCAGCAACGGCUAGCAACUCUGAAGCAGAAAACUUGGUUCAAAGAUCCAAAUUAUUCCCCAAGAAAAUGCAGCUCCCGUAGAAAUGGUGCUAAUUGUGCUAACGCUCUUCUGGUUCCUUUCCUUUCAUGCCUUUGCGAUGUUUGAACUGCUUUGCAUAAUGUUUUUUUGUUUUGCUUGCUUGGGGAAAUUCAGGGAUCUGCAGCUUCUUCCUCAGUCUGUCCACCUUCAGCUUCUGAGAUGAACAGACCUUGCUCACCCCCAAAUAAACCUUCCAAUUUCAAGAAACUUGCUUUGUGUGUCCUCGUUUUUAAAGCAAGAGCUCACCCUUCCUGGGAAGCUGGGCAUUCAUAAUUAUUAUAAUUACUGGUACUAUUAAUUAACUGACCUUCACCCUGAGGUUGCCGUACGGGUGACACCAUUAGAACACAAUAUUAAAAACAGUCUAAACCAGGGGUCAGCAAACUUUUUUCAGCAGGAGGCCGGUCCACUGUCCCUCAGACCUUGGGGGGGGGGACUAUAUUUGAAAAGGAAAAAAAAAGAACGAAUGCCUAUGCCCCACAAAUAACCCACAGAUGCAUUUAAAAUAAAAGGACACAUUCUACUAAUGUAAGAACACGCUGAUUCCCAGACCGUCCACGGGCCAGAUUUAGAAGGCGAUUGGGUCGGAUCUGGCCCCCGGGCCUUAGUUUGCCUAAGGUAAAGGACCCCUGACCAUUAGGUCCAGUCGUGACUGAUUCUGGGGUUGCGGCACUCAUCUUACUUUAUUGGCCGAGGGAGCUGGCGUACAGCUUCCGGAUCAUGUGGCCAGCAUGACUAAGCCGCUUCUGGCGAACCAGAGCAGCGCACGGAAAUGCUGUUUACCUUCCCGCUGGAGCGGUACCUAUUUAUCUACUUGCACUUUGGCGUGCUUUCAAACUGCUAGGUUGGCAGGAGCAGGGACCGAGCAACGGGAGCUCACCCCGUCGCGGGGAUUUGAACUGCCGACCUUCUGUGGUUUAACCCACAGCGCCACCCACGUCCCUUUUAGUUUGCCUACCCGUAGUCUAAACCAAGUUACAAUCACAGAAUGGAGCUGGGUCCUAAAAUCAAAAACCAGGGCGACAUGGUAUGUAUUCAGCAUUCGCCAGAAUCUGGAUAGUGAAGGUGCCCAGUGCAUCUCUUUGGGGAAGUAAUUCCACAUCUUAGGGGCUGCCACAGAGAAGGCCCUGUCCCGGGGUGCCACCACCCCAAAUCUCUGAGGGAGGUGCAACUGUUUUGCUGUUUGCCGCCCUGGGUUCUAUCAGGAAGAAGGGCAGGAUCGACGUUUAAUAAAGAGUGUUUGCCGCCGCAAGCGAUUGUCAGUGUCUACUACUCCCAACUGGUAAAUGUAGCCUCCUUGUCCAGGAGCACUCUAUCUCCAAAUAACCAAUACCUGCAUCAGUUGGGAGAAGUCUGUAGCCUUCGCAACUUGGACUUCCCAUGGGGGCAUCCAGUUGCCCUCUGCCUAAAGCAAGACGCUCUUUGAGCUGUUCCAGCAGGACUCUCUCUGAUACAGGUAACGCGCAGUUGGGGAGGAAGGGGCCUGGUAGAAGCUUGGAUUGCAGCUCUUCCCGUGUGUCUCUCUCUUCCUUGACUCUGUGCUUGCCUCAGAUACGGAGCUCCUGGCGUGGAGUUCACAGGCCUACAUAGGGAAACGGCGACGGUCACCCAGAUGCACUUUCUACCUGGACAGGUAAAAUAAUGGCAACUUUUGCCCCCACCUUGAUGCUGCUUGCAGUUUGAUACCCCCUGCCUAUAGGUAUUAGGCAGCCACCUAAUUGUUUUUGACCUCGUUGGGAACUUUUCGCAGGGGGGGGGGUGCAAAGUCAAAACACUGAAACGGCAGAGCAGGCCAGUUUCUCAAAGACAAUCGAGAAUAAUAGUGCCUGUCUUAUAUCUCAGGUUCUACAAAUGCUAGGAACUUAAUUGGAGUGCCGUUAAAGAGGGGAAAGGCAGCAAAAGCCCAGAAGAGAAUUUGUGGUGCCCAGCUUAAGAGAUUUAGACAAAUCUGUGUCUACUACUAUAAUGGCUGUGCUCUGCCAACACGGUCAGAGUCAGCGGUGCUUCUUAACACCAGUUGCAGGAACUUGCCCUUGUGCUCGGAUCCUGCUUGUAGACUUGCCACAGACAUCUGGUUGGCUGCUGUGAAAAGAGGGUGCUGGCGUAUAAAUGGGCCAUUGGCCUGAGCUAGCCAGGUCGUCUUCUGUUCUUAACUACACACUUAGAUGGCUUUCCUUUCUUUUCCAGGGCCGGCUGCUGUCUCUCCUUGACGACAACACCCUCCACCUGUGGGAGAUUUACCAGAAAGAUGGCUACUCUCACUUGGAGGAGACCCAUAGCUAUGUCCUCCCCGGACGUCCAGGGUUCGACACCGCUAAGUACUCAUAGCUUGCUUGCCUCCUUUUUCCUCCUUUUUUGGGCGCUGUGGGUUCUUGGGAGAUGAUCCCCUGAGAAGAUGCAGGGACCGCUUUAGCGAUCUCAUAGAUUACUCAGCAUCUAGAGGAUCCCUCCUUUCCGUCUUAGCCGCUACCUGCCUUCCUGCUUCGUGAGCUGUCCCCCAGGGCCAGCUCUGCUGUUAGACAAAGUGAGGCAGCUCCUGAGCUCCCCAAGAUUGUUCGCCUCUGUUGAGAGUAGGUCUACACGAUACGUGUUUUUCAACAUUGCGGUAUAUCACCAGCUAAACAUCGCAAUAUACAUUUGUACCUUUGUUUUCGAACAGCUUAGUUCUCGAACAUUUUGGCUUCCAAACGCUACAAACCUGGAAGUGAGUGUUUUAGUUUGCGAACUAUUUUUGGAAGCUGAACGUCCGACGGGGCUGCUCUUUGGUUUCCGAACAUUUUGGAAGUCGAAUGGACUUCCAGAACGGAUUUCAUUCAACUUCUGUGGUACGACUGUACUGAUAUCUAAGGGUGGAGCUAUGUAGAGAUUUUGGCUGGCUUCACGGUUUUCCUCGCAUCAUGAUUUUUGCAUAGCACACAGAAUCACAUUAUGAUUCAUGAUGUAUUGCCAGGUCGAAAAUUAUGAAACCGUUAUCACGAUAUGGAUUUAUUUUUUUUUUGUAAAUAAUAUUUAUUAAAAUUUCACAAGAAAAAAACCACAUUAAUGAAGAAAAAAUUAACAAUAAAGAGAAAAAAUACAAAGGAAAAAAGGAAAAAACAAUUAAAAACAAUUUCAUCUUUUCCUCACUUCUUUUACAUUUACUUGUUUCCCGGACCUCCUCUUACCUCCCUCUUUUGUAUUCUAAUUAAAUAUGUUAAUCCAGCAAUUCCUUUCCCUCCUUUUUAAUCCUAAUCUUUAAUCUUGAUAUAAUAUAACUUUAAAUUUUAGAUUUUACAUAUUAAAACCAAUUUUUCCAUAUUCUUUUAGCCUGUACAGCUAGAAACCCCUUAACUUCGAUCCAACAUCAUUCUAACGUUCAUUAAUUUUGCAAUAUUUCUGUAAAUAGUCUUUGAAUUUCUUCCAAUCUUCUUCCACCGACUCUUCUCCCUGGUCACGGAUUCUGCCAGUCAUUUCCGCCAAUUCCAUCACAAUAUGGAUUUUAAUUGGUUUUGGACGAUAUGUCGCCCAGCCCUAGUUGAGAGUAUAUGCUACAUGUCCACCCCCCAGCCUCCAAACUGUCUGUGGGUGCAGUGGGGACGGCUGUCCCAUCAACAGCGGCCAAGUGAGAGUCAUCUUCCAGUCCGAUUGGACUCUGUACAUGGAAUACAGAUGAGGCAUCAUUGUGUCCUUUGCUUUGGGUGGUGGCAGAACCGCCUCAGUCCUGUAUACCCGAAGUAACGUCUCCACCCACAUCGUUCAGCCCGGACACUGAGGUCCAGCGCUGAGGGCCUUCUGGUGGUUCCCUCGCUGUGAGAAGCGAGGUUACAGGGAACCAGGCAGAGGGCCUUCUCCGUGGUGGCACCCGCCCUGUGGAACACCCUCCCAUCAGAUGCCAAGGAAAUAAACAACUACAGUCGUACCUCUACUUACGUAUCCCUCUGGAUAAGGAAUCUUCGGGAUACGGCCACGGCCAACCCGGAAGUGUAUACUUUCGGGUUUCGCUGCACACGCAUGCGCAGAAGUGCUCAAUCGCGCCACACGUGUGCGCAGAAGUGCGCCUCUAUUUACAUAAUUUUUGGGGUGCUAACGGAUUCCCGGAACAAAUUAAUUUCGUAUCUGGAGGGUCCACUGUACCUGACUUUUAGAAGACAUCUGAAGGCAACUCUGUUUAGGGAAGUUUUUAAUGUUUGAUGUUUUAUCAUGUUUUUAAUAUUCUGUUGGGAGCCGCCCAGAUGGGCGGGUUAUAAAUUAAUUAUUAUAAUUAUUAUUCUUAAUUAUUAUUUGUGCGAGACCUGCUCCUGCCAUGGCAAAAUUAGAGGGCAGAGAUGAGAACAGGCAAAUCGAAAUAAUAGUAGUAGUAGUAGUAGUAGUAGUAGUAGUAAAAUUCUACCCCGCCACUCUGGGCGGCUUACCAUACGUAUUAAAACAUAGUGAAACAUCAAACAUUAAAAACUUCCAGAAACAGGGCUGCCUGCAGAUGUCUUCUAAAAGUGGCAUAGCUCUUUAUCUCCUUGACAUCUGAAGGGAGGGUGUUCCACAUGGAGGGCGCCACUACCAAGAUGGAAGCAAGACAGUUGAGCUUUUGCGCAGAGGUAAAUUUCAGACGCUGUGGUCUAAACCACUGAGCCUAGGACUUGCCGAUCAGAAGGUUGGCGGUUCGAAUCCCCAUGACGGGGUGAGCUCCCGUUGCGCAGUCCCUGCUCCUGCCAACCUAGGAGUUCAAAAGCACGUCCAAGUGCAAGUAGAUAAAUAGGUACCGCUCCGGCGGGAAGGUAAACAGUGUUUCCGUGCGCUGCUCUGGUUCGCCAGAAGCGGCUUAGUCAUGCUGGCCACAUGACCCAGAAGCUGUACGCUGGCUCCCUCGGCCAAUAAAGCGAGAUGAGCGCCGCAACCCCAGAGUCGGUCACAACUGGACCUAAUGGUCAGAGGUCCCUUUACCUCUCAGCAGAAAUUAACAAACUACAUAUCCCAAGAUUAUUUGGGAGAACCUUACCUUAAAUUUCAGACAGAACUGCCAUCAAGUAGACCUAUGGUGGUAGAAUGUCUGCCUUGUUCAAUCCCAUGUUCAAUCCCCAGCCUCCCCUUACACCUUGGAGAGCUGCUGCCAGCUAGUGCAGGCAGUAUAAGGCCUCUUCCUCUGUUCCUGUGUCCAAAACCCAAUGCUCUGGGAACAAGCAAGGGUUUGUCAAGCACAUUCCAGCUUCUGCUCUCACUCUGCACGUGCGAGGGAGCCGCAAAAAGGACUAGCCGCUUACCACGUGCGGUGACUUUGCACCGUUCGCUGGCGCCGGCUUCCCUCUCCUGGUUUUGUCUCCCAGCAUCUGUAAGCUUGCAUCUCUCGCAAGCAGGUGUCCGCUGCUCUGUGGUCUCUGCUUAUCAGGUCCGAGGCUCUGAGCUGGCGGUGUGACUUUAAAAGAGCAUCAUGGGAGAGGGAAGAAGAACAGCUUUCUCUCGGGCUUCUCUGCUUGGGUGUGCGGUCUGUCAAUCUUCUUUAAACGGCUGCCUGGUGGCGGUGGGUGGACAGCAUUUGCUACUGGUGCGCAGACUUUCUCCUUGAAAUGCGUUGGCUCUUUUGGGGGUGUUGACUAUUCAGAUUGGUUUUCCAUUUGUGGGUGUGUGCAGUCAAGGACGGUGGUUUUCCAGCCGUGUUUCAGCCAUCAGAAAUGCGAAACUAGCUUCCCAAGCCAUCAGAAUCUCAGGAGAUUGCAGGGCACAGGGGGGUCUCCGUGCUUGGCUUUGACCAGGCAUAGGUAAACUCGGCCCUCCAGCUGUUUUGGGACUACAACUCCCAUCAUCCCUAGCUUACAGGACCAGUGGUCAGGAAUGAUGGGAAUUGUAGUCCCGAAACAUAGUUUGCAUAUUCCUGGCUUUGACCGUUGCAGUGAAAAGACCCCAAGGACCCAGGUGUAGUGCCCCAUGCGAAGGGAGCGGGUACUUUUUGUUUUUAUUUGCAAAAAUAUCUGUGCUGCGAACAUCAACAAUAAAGCUGCAUUUGCAAAACUAGUACAGGGGUCUCCUGUACGCCUGUACUAGUACGCCAGGGCUACCUUCCCGGGCACUACGCGUAAACGUGAAAUCGCCUAUACAGUUGCACCUUGGUUUUCGAACAGCUUAGUUCUCGAACGUUUUGGCUCCUGAACACUGCAAACCCGGAAGUGACUGUUCUGGUUUGCGAACUAUUUUUGGAAGCCAAGCGUCCGAAGCGGCUUCUGCGGCUUCCGAUUGGCUGCAGGAAGCUCCUGCAGCCAAUCAGAAGCAGCACUUUGGUUUCCAAACGUUUUGGAAGUCUAACGGAAGUUGACUUCCGAGGUAUGACUGUAGUGGACGACACCAUCUAAAAAGCCAAACUCCACCAAAAAUCAAUAAAAAUCUCCCGAAGUCCACUGCAGUCACUCUCUCCAAACAUCUUUUUCUCAAACUCCCAACUCUCCACAGGCUUCAAAGGUUGGCGUAAAGGUCGGCUCUUUUCAUGCCUCUGCACCAUUUAAAUAGAUUUAUUUAAUUAUUUCCUGGCACCGCACAGGAGACAAGUGCACGUGAGUGGGGAGAUACCUAUAUAAGCUGCAACACAAAUCAGUAGAAGGGUCUCAGGGUAGCUGGAUCCCUCCUUAGGGAAAGACUGGGUGAGCAGAUGAGUCUUCUGCAGGUGCCUAAAUGUCAGCACUGUAAGUGCCUGCCUGUUCUUUCUGGGAACACAUUCCCUAAGGGUGCCACCACCCUUAAGGCCCUGGUCUUUGUGGGCGCAAGACAAAUCUUGGGGGCAAGCAGCCUUACUGAGAGCACCUCUCCCUAGGAUUGAAAUGGCAGGGCAGGGGUGUGACGACGCAAGGCAUUCCUGGAGGUAACUUUGGAACUCGCUUCCUUGGCAAAUGCCCACGGUGAGAGGGUGUCCCAGAACACCUUGGAAAACCAUUGGCCUGGCGAUUGAGCAAGGAUGGCUCCUGAUCGCUCUCUUCUUCCUGACAGCUCCCCUCCCAGCAUCACCCGGGUGACGGUCAUCUUGCUGCGGUCAAGCUGUGACGUGGCCUACCUCGGCACGGAAGGGGGUGGCAUCUACUUCCUGGAACUUCCCGGCUUGACGCUGCAGGAGGACAGGACUCUGUACCAAGACGAAGUCCUGCAGAGGUGAGCUCGCCCCGGUGAUGCAUCCGAAAGGGUGGGGAGUGCAGUUCUCAGAGUGGAAAGGAAAUAGGGGUCUUUCCUAACAACUCUUAGCACCUUUAACAAACUACAGCUCCCAGAAUUCCUUGGGGGGAGCCAUGACUGCUUGAAGUGGCAUCAUAGUGCUUCAAAUGUAUGGUACGGAUGCUGCCUAAGUCGAAGUAUGAGACUUCUUACCACACAUCAGUGUAAUGUACCAUGUUCAUAUGGUGUGGUUGUUGUAUUUUUAAAAAGCAAUAAAAAUAUUUGAAAAGAAGGGCUCGAUGACUCACAGGGUCCCUUCCAUGCCUGAAAUUCUAUUGAUCUGUUGUUCUCUGUCCCUGCCUUUUCAUCCUGCAGUGUCCCCGAAGACUACCGAUGUGGGAAGGCGCUUGGUCCGGUGGAAUCUCUGCAGGAACACCCCAAAGAUCCUGCCAAGAUCCUGAUUGGCUACAGCAGAGGCUUGAUGGUUCUUUGGGAUGGAAACAUGAGGGAAGCUGAGCACCUCUUUCUGGGCAACCAGGUAACUCUUUUUCUUUCGUUUUUUGGAAUUUUUAAAAUAUCCCGUCUUUCUCUCUCUAAGGAGCUCAUGUUGGCAUCCGUGCUUCUCCCCAAUCUCAUUUAAUCCCCACCACAACCCUGUGAGGUAGGCGAGAGGCAGUGGCUGGCCCCCAAGGCCAUGCCCAGUGAACUUCAUGGCCGAGUGGGAGAUUUGAACCCGGGUCUCCCAGGUCCCCGGCUAAUUAACAUUCUAUGUCCUUUCAAAUGGGGGUAGGGGAGUGGUUACUGUUUUGUUCUUCUAUUUUUUGUAUUUGCGUUUUGUAUUUUUAGGCUGUUCUUCAUCCGAAGAUCUCAGGGUGGCAUGCAGAUUAAUUAAAUAAAAUAUACGAAUAAUAAAAUGCCGAUGACCCGCCCCCCCCGCUCUAACACGUUCUCUCCCCCUCUGCGCUGACCGUUCUGUUGUCCAGAGGCCUUUUUGCCCUUCCCUCUCUCUCUCUUUCUCGCCAUUCUGCGUGUCCCAAAUGCUUCAGGCCUCACGUUUUGGGUUUCCGUCUUUUGCAGCAGCUGGAGAGCCUCGGAUGGGAGCGAAGCGGCCAGACGGUUGUGAGUUCUCACAGCGACGGAGGCUACGCCGUGUGGCCGGUGACGGGCGGCUCGCCAAAGACCCUGCAGCCGGCCACCUCCACUAUCCCUUACGGUGAGGCUAAUGGCUAUAGGGCCUCUAUCGGCGCUUGGUCCAGGCUCUAUAUCCAGGGAACUUCAGUGUAAAAAAGGCGGAAACCCUCCUUGAUGCACAUGUCAAAAUUACUAACUGUGGUGGAAAAGUGGUGAAAGACUGUGACUCAUGCAAUUUGAUGUUUUGCUCUGUUGGGAGCCGCCCAGAGUGGCUGGGGCAACCCAUUCAGAUGGGCGGGAUAUAAGUUUGUUGUUGUUGUUAGUAUUUCCAUUUAUCUACCACCUUUUAUUAAAAGCUCUCAGGGUGUACAACAUUAGAAACUGGCAGCAGAAGCUGGUCUAUUAGGGUAAUUGGAAGCGACCCUGAGGGUCAUCUAGUCCAACCCCCUGCAAUGCAGGAAUCUCAACACGUGGUCCCCCAUCCGGUUUGAAACCAUCCCAGAACCUGCUUAGCUUUGCAAAUGUGCUAGUGGUUUUAUUGCUGCCAGUCUGGGUGGUGGUCUUGGCUGUUCGCUUCCUCUUCCUUAGUCUCAGAAUUGCCAUUAUAGAAUUCAACAACGGAGGAGGAUCAGAGCCAAAAAUUAGAACAUGUUGGCUCUGGAUCCUGGGGCAAUGAAUCCCACAAGUUCCUCCUACUCCUAAGCCUUACUAGUGUCCUUAUAUAGGUCCCACAUUCUGGUAUUGUUUGUGAGGAAGGGGAGGGGGAAACACCCCUCGGUAUUUUCAUUGUUGUUGUUGUUGCUGCUGCUGAGAGUGGCCUCAAGAAGAGCUUGGAAUCGGGGGGUGGGAAGAAAUGUGAGCCAGGUCUUUUUCUUCUGCUUGCGUCUUACAAAGCGAGAACGUCACUCCAAAAUCUUCCUCUGCCGUUCUAGGUCCCUUCCCGUGCAAAGCUAUCAACAAGAUUGUCUGGCAGACGUGCGACUCAGGGUAGGUCUCAUGUCUGGAUUAAGAGUAGAUUUUACUCCUUGUUUGGUCACCUCCUGUGCCCUUGGAUUUUGCAACCUGUGCGAUAUUAACGUCCUCCUGGCUUCUUUUCGCCUACGGUGCUUUUCUUUUGUGAUGGGGCGACCUGGGGGACUCAGAGGAUGUUGAAGUUGCGUGGCCUUGUUGCCUGACUGCUGUUUCUAACUCCCGUCCUGUAGGAGCCCCUACAUCAUCUUCAGUGGGGGGAUGCCCAGGGCCAGUUAUGGAGACAGGCACUGCGUCACCAUCCUGCAAGGACAGACCUUGGUCACCCUUGAUUUCACGUCGCGUGUCAUCGACUUCUUCACCGUGUGCAACACAGAGGUAGAGGAGGGUAAAUACCUUUUGAUAUUUUCAAACAUCUCUCUAUCCCGCGAGGAUAUGUUUAGACAACAGCAGCCAAUCUGAUUUGUUGCAUCUAUAUAUCUCGACUUCCCUCCAAAGAGCUCAAUGGUGACCUACGUGCUUCUCCCCUCCUCCCCCUGCUUCCCCCUUGUUUUUAUCCUCACCACAACAAGCCUGCGAGGUAGGCUGGCCUGAGAGACGGCGCCUGGCCCUAGGCCACCCAGUGUGCUUCAUGACCCAGUGGGGAUUUGAACCCUGGUCUCCCCAACAUCCUACUCUAGUGCUAAUUUACAAAUCUGCGGCGUGACCAUGUUUGAAGUAUGGUGUGUCGUUCUGGUUGUCCCAUCUGAAAAAAAAGGGUAUUGGCUCUUUUAGAGAAAAGAUGAAAAACCACCAUAGAAGUUUAUAAAAUGAUACAGUGGUACCUCGGGUUACAUACACUUCAGGUUACAGACUCCGCUAACCCAGAAAUAGUGCUUCAGGUUAAGAACUUUGCUUCAGGAUAAGAACAGAAAUUGUGCUCUGGCAGCGCGGCGGCAGCAGGAGUCCCCAUUAGCUAAAGUGGUGCUUCAGGUUAAGAACAGUUUCAGGUUAAGAACGGAUCUCCAGAACGAAUUAAGUACUUAACCUGAGGUACCACUGUACGUGACCCGGAAAAAGUGGGCAGAGAAAAAAGUGUUCCCCCUUUUUCUUACAACACUAGAAUUUGGGGACCCCCCGUGAAGCUGAACGUUGGCAGAUUCAGGAAACGUGAAAGAAAGGACUCCUUCACUCAGCAUGUGGUUAAACUGCAGAACUCUCUUCCGCUGGAGGCAGCCGCCGACUUGAUGGCUUUAGAAAUCGGACUAGACAAAUUCAUGGCUUAUUUGCCAGGAUGACUCUGCUCUGUCUUCACUGUCAGAGGCAGCAAUGCUGGAAACCACAGGAGGAGAGAGAAAGCUCUUGUGCUCCCGUUCUGCUUGCGGGGUUUCCCAGUGAUCCACUGUGAGAGCUGGGUGCUAGACUAGAUAGGCCAUUGGACGGAUCCAGUAGGCUCUUCUCAGGUUCUUAACCACUGUACCACACAGACAAGAACUCCAUCGUUCUCUCCCUCUCUGUUUCCUCCAUCUCUGCCUCUGUUCCUAAGUGGUCCUCUCUCCUUUCCUCCUCGGUCCUCCCCAAAGUCGAUCUGUCCUGGCGCAUCUUAACAGGAGCUUUCCUCUCUCUCUCCCUUCCAGAGUUCGACAACCCAACCGCCUUGGUGGUCCUGGUGGAGGAGGAGCUGGUGGUCAUUGACCUGCAGACGCCCGGCUGGCCCACCAUUCCCGCCCCGUACCUGGCCCCGCUCCACUCCUCGGCCAUCACCUGCUCCUACCACAUCUCCAACAUCCCCCUGAAGCUGUGGGAGAGGAUCAUCAGCGCAGGAGAAGACCAGAGCCCUCGACUCUCCUUUGUGGUGAGUUGGCACAGGGACAUCCCUGUUUAGGGAAGCUUUUAAUGUUUAACAGGCUACUGUAUUUUAAUACUUUGUUGGAAGCCACCCGGAGUGGCUGGGGAAACCCAGCCAGAUGGGCGGGGUAUAAAUUAUUAUUAUUAUUAUUAUUAUUAUUAUUAUUAUUAUUAUUAAAGCAGCCUCGCCCCCUUUGACCCUCUUGCAUCAUGGCCAGAGGGGGGUCUCGCUUCCUUUGAUGACCCCCUCCCCCAAAAGAAACAUGGAGCUGUGCCUAAAGGUAAAGGGACCCCUGACCAUUAGGUCCUGUCGUGGCCGACUCUGGGGUUGCGGCGCUCAUCUCGCUUUACUGGCCGAGGGAGCCGGCGUGCAGCUUCCGGGUCAUGUGGCCAGCAUGACUAAGCCGCUUCUGGUGAACCAGAGCAGCGCACUGAAACGCCAUUGAUCUUCCUGCCGGAUCUAAUGGUCAGGGGUCCCUUUACCUUUACCUUACUACUACUACUACUACUACUAAUAACAAUAACAAUAUUAAUACAAGGGCCUUUGCGCUCUUUGGCCACAGUUCUCUUUUCCCACGUUUGUCUUCAUCUCUCUCUCUUAGCAGAACUGGCCCAUCAACGGAGGAAGGAGCCUCGCACAGGAACCCACCCAACGGGGGCUUCUCUUGACCGGGUGAGUUGUGUUUUGGUUUCUCCCCAGGCUGUCCUCCUCCCAUGUAACGUUGUUUGUGCCGAGUGCGAAUUUUUUUGCAUUGGAAGGCAGAAGGCAGCUGAGGAAGGAUGUUGGGGAGCGCCCUUCUUCCAAGCUGGGGGCCCGUCAGGUGGUGUUCAGCUGCCGUCAGCACCUGCCAGUGUGGUGCUGGCGAGAGCUGUGGUCCAGCAGUUUCUGGAGGACGUCAGCUCUGCAAGAUUGGGGAAGGGCCGCAACUCAGUCGCUAAACAUCUGCCUUGCAUGCAGGAACUCCCAGGUUCAGUUCCCAAAAGCUUCUCCUGUUAGGCCUGGGAGCGACUCCAUCUGAAAUCUUGGAGAGGUGCUGCCAGUCAGGGUGUAGAACAGGGUUUCCCAAAUUUGGAUCUCCAGCUGCUUUUGGAGUACAAUUCCCAUCAUCCCUGGUCACUGGUCCUGCUAGCUAGGGAUGAUGGGAGUUGUAGUCCAACAACAGCUGGAGACCUGAGUUUGAGAAACACUGCCCUACAGCUUUGGGGACUCCCAGGCCUCAUCUGCACUGCGCAUUUAAAUAGAGGGAAUGUUAGGUCAUACUCUUUUUAAAUAUAUACUAAGCAAUUCAUUUUCCUUGCAUUUUAUCUGCUUUCGGACCAAUUGAAACAGCUUAGGAUUUCUUACGUUGCUCAGGUCCCCUCUGCACUUUGCGUCUUCAUUUUAUUUGUGGUUUUUUUAUGAUUACAUAUCACUAUUAAUAAUAAUAGUAAGAAAACACCUAGCAGUUUAUAACAGUGGUGCACAAAAUCAUACAGCAAAACCCAUGUAAAAAUGUGUUAUAGUUUGAAAUCAGAUAACCGUAAGGGACAGAUGCAUUCUUAACUGACGGAACAGAAGAACUUUCAGCAGUUUUAAGAAGUUGGAAUGCAAGGUGCACCUUGUGUAUAAAGCAGGCAUAGGCAAACUAAGCCCUCCAGAUGUUUUGGGACUACAAUUCCCAUCAUCCCUGACCACUGGUCCUGUUAGCUAGGGAUGAUGGGAGUUGUAGUCCCCAAACAUCUGGAGGGCCAAGUUUGCCUAUGCCUGGUAUAAAGCAUCAUCCGGUUUCUGGAAGCGCAAAUUUGGAAGAGUCUCCCCCGCCCCCCGCUCUGUGGUUGAGAUCUUUCUCCUUGGAUGUAGUGAGAACCCCCCCCCCCCCCGCUUCUUUCGCUUUGGCUGCCUGGCAAGAAUGCAUCAGUUGUCCUUGCUGAGGGCUUCCCCUCUCGUUCUCCUUGCCUUCCUUCCCUCUUGGCAACUCCUGAGCUGCUUGGUGUCAAGCGUUACGUGGUCCAGUCUUCACUUUCCCCCUUGGAGAGCGCAGCCAAGGUUUUGCUAGCCAGAGGCAGCAGAUGUUCAGGCCCAAGCGGAGGCUUCAAAGGCAGGGAAGUCGGAGCAAGCCGGCCAGUUCCUGGCUUGCAGCCAACCUGCGGUGGUCUCUCUGGGCAGGAAGCAGCCCGUUCAGUUCUCUCAUGAGGCAUGAGUUGGGGUCUUUUGGCCACCACACACAAGUCAUUAUUCUCUCCGCCCUCCCACCUGAGAAAUGGGGAUAAUCUGUACGGUCCGGCCUUACAGGCAUGCUUGCAAGGAUUAGAGAGGUCCUAAUAAACUGCUUCUUACAACUGCAAUGUGCAAUGAGUCACUUGUUAUGGGUUUUUCCCCCCCUGGUUGAGAUAGCAGAGUGAGGGGGAGAAGACCAGGGAAAUCUAUUCCAAAGGGGUGGUUUCUCCUCCCUGUGUUUUCCUUCUCCCUCCCAACCGCCGCAUUUCCCCUCGUUAUGUGGAAGGGACUGUUACAAAGCCCUUCGAGUCGCCGUUGCCAAAACCAAUUGCAACCUGAUCUCGUUUUCUUAACUCGCUCUCUUUUUCUCUCGCCCGCCAAGGGCAAUCUGGUAAUAUUUGGCAUCUGCGCCUCCCAAAUUCCUCCUGCGUGCGGAAAUAAUAAAAAACUGGACUUUUCAGGUUUUGCUUUCGAGGGGCAAAGGAAGAAGUCGGGGAAGGAUCAGAUGAUUGGAAAAGUGUGUUUGCAAAAAGAUUGCGUCUCCUCUCUGCACAGGGCAGAGUUUGGUUUCAUAGUAGGGGGGUGAGUUAGCAGAGCUGAAUAUAUUAGCUGUGAUACUGUCAAGGACAGAGUUGUGAACAUAUUGGCACUUCCAGAUUCUUGCAGCCGGAAUAUUUUGUGGGGAAAUCACUUUUCUUCUGCCAGUGGGGUCAUUUGUGCACCAAUCUGCAGGACAUCUGGGGUGGGUGUGUUGUCGAUGCUGAACCACAUCUGCCGUCAUCCUUGACCACCGUUAAUGCUGGCUGGACCUGAUGGGAAUUCUAGUGUUAUGGUACCUGUUGAGCCAAAGGUUAGCCACAACUGGCCUAGGCGUCAGAUGAGAGUCUGUAGUCUGUCCCUGCGCAGGAGGAGAAGAGUGUGCAAUUUAUCCCUUGCCAUUUGUAAAAUAAUAAUUAUGAUGAUGAUCAUAGAAUCAUAGAAUCAUAGAGUUGGAAGAGACCACAAGGGCCAUCGAGUCCAACCCCCUGCCAAGCAGGAAACACCAUCAGAGCACUCCUGACAUAUGGUUGUCAAGCCUCUGCUUAAAGACCUCCAAAGAAGGAGACUCCACCACACUCCUUGGCAGCAAAUUCCACUGUCAAACAGCUCUUACUGUCAGGAAGUUCUUCCUAAUGUUUAGGUGGAAUCUUCUUUCUUGUAGUUUGGAUCCAUUGCUCCGUGUCCGCUUCUCUGGAGCAGCAGAAAACAACCUUUCUCCCUCCUCUAUGUGACAUCCUUUUAUAUAUUUGAACAUGGCUAUCAUAUCACCCCUUAACCUCCUCUUCUCCAGGCUAAACAUGCCCAGCUCCCUUAGCCGUUCCUCAUAAGGCAUCGUUUCCAGGCCUUUGACCAUUUUGGUUGCCCUCCUCUGGACACGUUCCAGUUUGCCAGUGUCCUUCUUGAAUGAUGAUGAUGAUGCUUCUGGCAACAGGUUGUGCUAGGUUGUGCUACAAUAAGCAUGCACACCAGGUGUGUGUGUGUGUGGGGGACCUCUGGCCCCGCAAGCAUUACUGAGCUUCCACUCCCAGCACUCCACUCCCAGCAAACAUGCCCAGGGAUGAUGGGAGUUGUAGUUUAGCAGCGCCUGGAGGCCGAAAGGUUCCACGCGGCUGAAACAAGUUGCAAGUACUAGUUACAGGUAGGUAGCCAUGUUGGUCUGCCAUAGUCGAAACAAAAUAAAAAAAAUUCCUUCCAGUAGCACCUUAGAAACCAACUAAGUUUGUUAUUGGUAUGAGCUUUUGUGUGCAUGCACACUUCUUCAGAUACAAAGUGUGCAUAUCUGAAGAAGUGUGCGUGCACACAAAAGCUCAUACCAAUAACAAACUUAGUUGGUCUCUAAGCUGCUACUGGAAGGAAUUUUUUUAAGUUGCAAGUAUUCCGCCUUGUGGGAUAUCUUUGGGAGAAGCAAAGGCUAAGGCAGUGGUGUCCCAACUUUUUUUUUUUUAAAAAAUAAUAUUUAUUGCUUUUAUACCUUACAAAAAGAAAAAAGAGAAAAGGAAAAAGAAAAGAAGAAAAAGCAAAAGCAAAAGAGAAAACAGUACAAUACAAUAUAUAAACAAUACAGAACGCAACAUUAACAUUAACACAUUAAACAAAACAAAAGCAAAAACAAUUCAAAAAACACACAUCAUACCAUCUCAAUAUCCUCUCUUUCAUUCCCUUGUUUCAUCGACCUCCUCUCACCUCCCUUUUUGUAUUCCAUUUCUAUUGAUUGUUUCAGCAAAUCCUUUCCAUCUUUCUCUAUUUUCUGUCAUGUAAUUAUCUUAACAUAUUUUAACCUUAUUUUCCAUUAAUACUAUAAUACUUAUUUAUACUUAAUUCCUUAAAAUAUUUCUACUAAAGCCGUAUAAUUCCCUUCCAACAUUUUCCUAACACUCAUUAAUUUUACAUUAUUUCCAUAUAUAGAUUUUAAACUUUUUCCAAUAUUCUUCCACCGUCUCUUCUCCCUGGUCUCGGGUUCUGCCAGUCAUUUCCGUCAAUUCCAUAUAGCCCAUCAGCCUGGUGAUCUUCUGUCCGAGGCUCUUAAUUCUUUUCCAGGUCCAAACUUUUUUCAAAGAGAGCCAGAUGUGAUGAAGUGAAGGGCCCUGAGGGGCGGCCAAAGGGUUGAACUCGUUGAGCUUUUUUCGGGAAUUUAACCCCAAGAGAUGAACUGCCUCAGGGUCUGGAUUGAACCGACUGGCAGGCUGGAUUAGGCCCCCAAAAUAGACUUUGGACAUGCCUGGGCUAAAGAGUUGACCUUACACAAAUAUCUGGAGCAGAGUCCCUAAGGCGGUUGGAUGGCGCCUUGUACGCCUCCUUACAGCAACUUCUGCAGCCAAGCUGGCGCCAAACGUCUUGCUCUGCUUUCUUUUGGACCCCAUCAGUGAGGCCGAGAGCGGGGAGGAUUGACAUCUGGGCUGCCCAGCGCCUCCUUACAUACUGCCCAAGCUUGCACCCUGGGGAGGUCACUUGGCUGCUGCUAACACAGCGGUUUGACUUCACCCUCGGAGGCGCACUCCAUUGCCUCUUGAGACAGAUGCCGACAAAUUCCUUCUCAGAACCCAAGCUAAGAGAGUCCCAGGUCAGAACACGAGAAGCUGUGGGAGCAGGCCUAUCUAGUUUAGCUUCCUGUUCUCACAAGUGCCUCAACUCCGGGGAUUCACCAGCCGUGAGAGGGCUCUUGUGGGGUCUCAGGCCUUGCUUGUGGGUUUCCCAAAACGGGCAUCUGGUUGGCCACUGCGAGAACAGGAAGCUGGCCUGGCCUGACCAGCAAGACCCUUCUCACAAUCUUACGGAUAUUUUUCACAACCAGCCUUUGCUGAAAACAACCUUCCUCUCCACAGGCAUGAAGACGGCACAGUCCGGUUCUGGGACGCUUCGGGAGUCUCCCUCAAGCCGCUGUACAAGCUGGGCACGGCCAACAUUUUCCAGACGGACUGUGAACACAACGACAGCCUGAACCAGUCUUGCGAGGAGGACUGGCCGCCCUUCCGUAAGGUAACAACCCCCCCUCCAAAUGCCUUUGCUCCGGUGGGUGGGGGGCUCUUUGCUCAUUGGGGCAGAGUGACUCCUCUUGCCUCACAGUAGCUCUGUGUCUCUUGAGCGGUUCAACAGGUAUAGAUAGAGAUCUUCCCAUUGCCUUCCACCCCCAUCGUUCAGCCUGGACACUGAGGUCCAGCUCCAAUGACCUUCUGGCGGUUCCCUCCCUGUGAGAAGUGAGGUUACAGGGAACCAGGCAGAGGGCCUUCUCGGUGGUGGCACCCGCCCUGUGGAACGCCCUCCCGUCAGAUGUCAAGGAGAUAAAUAAUUAUACGAGCUUCGGAAGACAUCUGAAGGCAGCCCUGUAUUGGGACGUUUUUAAUGUUUGAUGUUUUAGUCUGCUCUUUUAUCUGUUGGGAGCCACCCAGAGGGACUGGGGCAACCCAGUCAGAUGGGCAGGGCACAAACAACAACAACAACAACAACAUUAACAAAACAAACAAACAACAAUUGUUACUGUUACCUUGCUUGAGGGAGAAAUCUUUGUUUUAUGCCUGCAGUCCAGUAGCAGGUUACCAGUAAGUCCCUCUUCCCAGGGAGUUCUGGGAAUUGUAGCCUUUUCAGAGGAAUGGGGUGUGUGUGUCUCUGCUCCCUUAGCAAACUACAACUCCCAGGGUUCUUUGGGGGAACUAGCGUCUCUUGCAAGUGGUAGGGUACGGCUUUGAAUGCACAAUGCUGAUGGAGCCUCAGAGUAGAGAAGCAGCUAGCUCUGUGUUGAUUUCUGCUACGUCGGUGCUCGUUAUCUUGUCUCACUCGUUUCUAAACGAAUUCAGCAAUGCAUCUUUUAAAAUCUGUUCUCUUUUCUAAAAAAGAUUUGGCUAAUGCUUGUGCAAUUCUGCCCCCAAGUGGAGGAAGGGAGUCACUGCAGCUUUUGAGCUGGAUGGAAACUUUCAUAGUCUAAACCUCAUCUACGUAAAAGUAUACGUUGCAUUUUUUUAAAAAAAAAUGCAGAACAAACAUUUGCAUGCUUGCUCAUCGAGUGCAAGGCACCUGUCCCACCCCAGGCCCUUUUCGACCCAUGGACUGCGGGGAGAGGGAGCAGUGUUUUCAGUAUCAACCAGUUUGGGAAACUUUGUUCAUGCCGUCUGAUGAAACACUGCAGAAAGAGGCCCGUUGUGAGCUGCUCCUCUACUGCCACCAUAUGAACACACGCUCCAAUAUAUACAGCACUUGACUGCUUUCUUCUUACAGAGGGAAUUGUGUGCCUCUGAUCUUCAUUUCCUUUGCUUCUCUCUCCCCCUGGAAAUGAAUGCAUGAAUAUUUGUCUUCCAGGUUGGCUGCUUCGACCCUUACAGCGAUGACCCCAGGCUGGGGAUUCAGAAGAUUGCUCUGUGCAAAUACACAGCUAAGAUGGUGGUGGCUGGUACAGCAGGGCAGGUAACUGGGAAAGGCAUACUUUUUCUGAACCCCGUGAUGCAGUCCCCCCUAACCUGCCCACACCUGCCUGGCUUGGUAGCUGCAGCUGGUGCCAAAGGCAGCGGCCAGGCAAAUGAUGAGGGCAGGUGGCCAACAGCAUGUCAGACCUCUGCUUAAGCAAGUGCCCUGCCAUGCUGGCUUCCAGGUUAUUGUGCUGCUACAGUGGUAGCUUGGUUCUCAAACUUAAUCCGUUCCUGUAGUCCGUUCCAAAACCAAAGCUUUCCAAAACCAAGGUGCGCUUUCCCAUAGAAAGUAAUGCAGAAAGGAUUAAUCUGUUCCAGACUUUUAAAAACAACCCCUAAAAUAGCAAUUUAACAUGAAUUUUACUAUCUAACAAGACAAUUGAUCCAUAAAGUGAAAGCAAUAAUCAGUGUACUGCAGUCACACAAUCAAUCAAUCAGUAGCUGAACUGGGUUCCACACAGUCACAAAAACAAAACGAAAAGAGCCGCAAAAACAAAAAUGCAAAAUACAGUGGUACCUGUAUUACAUACGCUUCAGGUUACAGAUGCUUCAGGUUGCAGACUCUGCUAACCCAUAAAUAGUACCUUGGGUUAAGAACUUUGCUUCAGGAUGAGAACAGAAAUUGUGCUCCAGUGGCACGACGGCAAUGGGAGGCCCCAUUAGCUAAAGUGGUGCUUCAGGUUAAGAACAGUUUCACGUUAAGAAUGGACCUCCCGAAUGAAUUAAGUACUUAACCUGAGGUACCACUGUAAAUAGGAAAAACAGACAGACCUUAGUGCAACACUCAAAACGGAAGUGUGGCACUCAAAUCGGAAGCGUAACACUCAAAACGGAGCAUGUUCGGCUUCUGCAAAGGGUUCGCAAACCUGAACACUUACUUCCAGGUUUGCACUGGUUCCAAGUUGUUUGAGUACGAAGGCGUUUGAGAACCAAGGUACCACUGUAUACACAAAGCCCUGAAUUACAUGGGUCCAGUGUGAAACUGAGAAGCACCUUCCUCUUGUCCCUGAUCCCUGUCUUUCUGCCCCCCCUCCGUGGCAGGUGCUGGUGAUGGAGCUCGCCGACGAAAAGUCGGAGCACCUGAUUAAUGUGGCCGUGGUCGACCUCCUCCAGGACCGCGAGGGCUUCACCUGGAAGGGCCACGACCGCCUCGCCCCCAAGAACGGCUCCCUCGCCUUCGCCCCGGGCUUCCAGCCCUGCGUCCUCGUCCAGUGCAUGCCCCCCGCGGCCGUGACGGCCGUCACACUGCACUCCGAGUGGAACCUGGUGGCUUUCGGGACCAGCCACGGUUUCGGGGUGUACGAUUACUACCGGAGGAACUCUGUGCUGGCCAGGUAGGGGGCGGGGAGAGGGCAGGGCAAGUUUUAAGGUGAAAGCACCUUCAUUUGAAUCCUCAAGCAAUUCGUAUCCGGGCUCAAUUCAGAGUGCUGGUUUUGACCCUAUAAAGCAGGAGUAGUCAACCUUUUUAUACCUACCACCCACUAAUGCAUCAGAUUUUUUUUUUAUUUAAAUGGGGUUUUUAAAAUAAAAGGCUUUUGGAGGAAAAAUCUUUCUAAAGAUAGUUUUCUAUUUAAGUUACAUUAUAGUCCAAAGGCUAUUCAUCGGGAAAUAAGGAUUUGUUUUAAGUUUUGCAUGUGUGCUGAAACUUAGUUUUAAGUGUUUUUUUUAAAAAAAAACAUUUAACCACAUCAGUUAACACACAUGGAUACAUAUGCUAUAAUGUUACUGUUUUAGUUAAAUAAGUUGUUUAAAUUGUUAUUGAGGAAAUGAUUAUUUUUCUCCUUCCAAUAAAGUACAGCAGAAAAGUUGUCCUAAUAUUAACAGUUAACUUAUUAAAUGUCACAAUAAUGUCACAAUUAUCCGUCUAUAGUAUAACCAAAUCAGAAUUUUUUGAUAUACAGUGGUACCUCGGGUUACAUAUGCUUCAGGUUACAUAUGCUUCAGAUUACAGACUCUGCUAACCCAGAAAUAUUACCUCAGGUUAAAAACUUUGCUUCAGGAUGAAAACAGAAAUUGCACGCUGGCGGCGCAGCGGCAGCAGGAGGCCCCAUUAGCUAAAGUGGUGCUUCAGAUAAGAACAGUUUCAGAUUAAGAACAGACCCCCAGAACAAAUUAAGUUCUUAACCCAAGGUACCACUGUAACUGUAAAAACUACUCUGAAAAUUUAUUAUUCCAAAAAUGAAACCUUCAUCUGCUUGUAAAUAUUAAGAUUAUACCAGCAAGAAUGAGUCUUUCUGGAAAAAAAUGUUUUAAAUCAAGUCUUACUGACCAGUGAUUUAAAUUGUGAUUUAAAUCGAUUUGAUUUAAAUCAAAUGCACCCUUCUGCUGUCUCUCAAACAGGUGCACGCUGCACCCCAAUGACUCCCUCGCCAUGGAGGGGCCUCUUUCUCGAGUGAAGUCCCUGAAGAAGUCUCUCCGGCAGUCCUUCCGGAGGAUCCGAAAAAGCAGGGUGUCCGGGAAGAAGAGGGUCAACACCAGCAGCCCCUCAAGCAAGGUGAGUGGACUGGGGCGCGUGCCCAGUUAGGAAAGCUGCGGGUUUGAGUUCUGGGUUAAACCCUAACAAAGGUUUAGGAAGGAGGGCGGGAGGAAGGGAGAGGGAGGUUGAGGUUUUGGGACUGGUGUGUAGACGUAGCACCAGCAAGGGAAGGGAGCCUUUACGUUUCCCAGUUUCGGGGGAGAGGUGCUUCUUGGAAGGGGCUGAACCUCAAAAGGCCCUGAUUGGAGAAAGGGGAAAUGGCUCCGUCUCCCGGUGAAAAGGAGCCUGGCAAAGGCAAAAAAUGGAGUGCAGAAUAAACAACAACAACAACAACAACAACAACAACAACAACAACAACAACAAUAAUUUUAUUAUUUAUACCCCGUCCAUCUGGCUGGGUUUCCCCAGCCACUCUGGGCGGCUUCCAACAAAAUAUUAAAAUACAGUAAUCUGUUAAACAUUAAAAGCUUCCCUAAAGAGGGCUGCCUUCAGAUGUCUUCUGAAAGUUUGGUAGUUGUUCUUCUCUUCAACAUCUGGUGGGGAGGGCGUUCCACAGGGCAGGUGCCACUACCAAGAAGGCCCUCUGCCUGGUUCCCUAUAACUUUGCUUCUCGCAGUGAAAGAACCACCAGAAGGCCCUUGGCACUGGACCUCAGUGUCCGGGCAGAACGGUGGGGGUGGAGACGUUCCUUCAGGUAUACUGGACCGAGGCCAUUUAGGGCAUUAAAGGUCAGCACCAACACUUUGAAUUUUGCUCGGAAACGUACUGGGAACAGCUGCCGGUCAAGAUAAGCAGCAUUGGGCUAGAUCAGGGGGAACCCUUUGGUUGUUGCUGACCUCUGACUGACUCCCAGUGGCCCCCAGCCAACAAGGCCAGUGGUCAAGGAUGAGUCAGAGUCCAUCAGUCUCAAGAGGAGAACAGAAUAAAAAGAUAAACGGAAGAUAAAAAUGGGCCAGAAGUCCUAGUUGGGGAUGGAUGGGGAAUGUGAUAUUGUAGAGCAGGGUGGCACGGAACUGUUUUUGAAGCAUCACUCGACCUGUUUCUCAUCCCUGGCGAUGGCUUGACAUGAAUCUGCCUCCUCUCCUCUUGCCCCCGUCAGGUGCAGGAGGCAAAUGCCCAGCUGGCUGAGCAGCCCGGCCCCCACGAGGUGGAGAUGACCCCCGUCCAGCGGCGGAUUGAACCCCGCUCGGCCGACGACUCGUUGUCGGGAGUCGUGCGCUGCCUCUACUUCGCUGAUACCUUCCUCCGAGACGGUAAGGAGGAGGAAGAGGUGCAACGCGGGUGGAAAGGGACCGGAGUCCGGGAUGGUUGGGACUCUACUGCCCAACAGUCCCAGACACCCAUGUCUGGUGGCAAGGGAUGAUGGGAGUUGUAGUUUGACAGCGCCUGAAGGGCAUCUAGUUGGGAAAGCCUUGGCAGCGUCAGUCCUGGAAUUGGUCACUUGCCACGUUUAAAAGGCAAUUUAUUCCGCUCUCACUACAUUUCGCUAACUCUUAGUUCUAUAUUUGAGCUUUCAUGCGAUGCAAAAGCCACUUCUGGAACUUGCAGUGAAGUAAAGCGCAACUUUGGUGCUCGUUUUCGUGUUACUUGCCUCCAGAAAAAACACAACCAUUUGCAAAUACAGUGGUACCUCUGGUUAAGAACUUAAUUCGUUCUGGAGGUCCGUUCUUAACCUGAAACUAUUCUUAACCUGAGGCACCACUUUAGCUAAUGGGGCCUCCUGCUGCCGCCGCACGAUUUCUGUUCUUAUCCUGAAGCAAAGUUCUUAACCCGAGGUCUGGGUUAGCGGAGUCUGUAACCUGAAGCGUAUGUAACCUGAAGCGUUUGUAACCCGACCACUGUAAUAUGGAAAUGAGCGCUAAACUUGUACUAUGUUCCACUAUAGUUCCACUAUUAUUACUAUUAAUAAUAAUUACAUUUCUAUAGUGCCCUUCACCCAAAGAUCAAGAGUGGUUUGUAAUAUAAAAACUCAAAAAUAAGGUUCUUGGCCCUUAGAAUCGUAGCACUGAGAGGGACCUGGGAGGUCAUCCAUCCCAGCCCUCAGCUCAUUGCAGGAUGCCUUCUCUCACUGCCUGUCUUCUCCCCUCUCCCUCCCCCCCAGCUGCGCAUCAUGGGCCCACCAUGUGGGCCGGCACAAACUCUGGCUCGGUGUUUGCCUACGCCCUGGAGGUCCCUUCGCAGGAGAAGUUUUCCGAGCGCUCGGUGGAGGCGGUCUUGGGCAAGGAGAUCCAGCUCAUGCACAGAGCGCCCGUGGUGUCGAUCGCCGUCUUAGACGGCCGGGGGAACCCUCUGCCGGAACCGUACGAGGUCUCGCGGGACUUGGCCAAAGCCCCCGACAUGCAGGGCAGCCAUUCAGUGCUCAUCGCCUCAGAAGAGCAGUUCAAGGUAAUCCUGAGGGAGGGGCAGAAUCUCUAGCUGUGUGAGAAAGCUAUUUGGUCUAGUGCCGAGGUCCUUCUGGCGGUUCCCUCGCUGCGAGAAGCCAAGUUGCAGGGAACCGGGCAUAGGGCCUUCUCAGUAGUGGCACCCGCCCUGUGGAACGCCCUCCCACCAGAUGUCAAAGAGAAGAACAACUACCAGACUUUUAGAAGACAUCCGAAGGCAGCCCUGUUUAGGGAAGCUUUUCAUGUUUAAUAGAUUAUUGUAUUUUAAUAUUCUGUUGGAAGCCGCCCAGAGUGGCUGGGGAAACCCAGCCAGAUGGGCAGGGUGUGGUGUGGUGUGGUGUGUGUGUGUGUGUGUGUGUGUGUGUGUGUUAGUUAAUUAAUUAAUUAAUUAAUUAGUAUCUACUACCCUUGGGGGCCACUGGCACCUCAAUCCCUGAGUCAGGGAGGUUCACAAAAAGUGUCCUCAGCAGUCCUUUUUUUUUGAGAGAGAGAGAGGGUGCUGAGUUAUGAACAAAGCCAAAGGUGACCGCUCAUUCAGAGUGAAGGCAAAGCAUUGCCCUCUCUCUCAAUUGACUGCCUGCCAGCUGCUUCUGUCUCCACCACCUCUGUGUCAGUGCUGCCCUCCUAGAGCGUGGCAGCGAAGAGGAGAAAGACAAAACUGGAAUCAGUUGGCUCUGCCUGUCGCUGGUUCUCUGGCGCCACCUACUGUUGGGCUCCCCGCCUUCUGCCCUACCAGUAGCAAUAGGCACCAGGCUGAUUCUAACAAAACCUGGGUGGGUGCCGUUGUCCUGCAAGUUUGGCAAGGGGGCUGCUAUUUUGCCUUGAGCUUCUGGGAACGAGAGAGAAGAUGCAGUUUUUUCGGAGAAAAAGAAUUGAGUUUUCUGAGAACCAGCUCCCUCCUGAGCCAGGGAGGGCGGAGCUUCAGCUGGGCGGAGCUAAAGCCUUGCACGUCCUCCUUGCGCCCUCCCCCCACUCACUUCCCGCUGUCUCCCACUCCAGGUCUUCACGCUGCCCAAAGUCAGCGCCAAAACCAAGUUCAAGCUGACGGCCCACGAGGGCUGCCGGGUACGGAAAGUGGGGCUGGUGAACUUUGUCAGCGCGGCGUGCGAGGACUACGCAGAGAACUGCCUCGCGUGCCUCACCAACCUGGGGGACAUCCACGUCUUCACGGUGCCCGGUCUGCGGCCGCAGGUGCACUACGACUGCAUCCGGAAGGAGGACAUCAGCGGAAUCGCCUCGUGCGUCUUCACCAAACACGGGCAAGGUGAGCCCGGAAGGAGCAAAGAGGCAACGUGGGGCAGUAGGAAGACUUAGACCCAGAGGGAAAGAGGGGGCACCGUGGGGCAGGGACACUGAGACCUGGAAGAAGCUGGGAAUGAUGAGGCACUAUGGGGUUGAGCUAAGGUAAAGGUAAAGGGACCCCUGACCAUUAGGUCCAAUCAUGGCCGACUCUGGGCUUGUGGCGCUCAUCUCGCUUUAUUGGCUGAGGGAGCCGGUGUGCAGCUUCCGGGUCAUGUGGCCAGCAUGACUAAGCCGCUUCUGGCGAACCAGAGCAGCGCAUGGAAACGCCGUUUACCUUCCCGCCGGAGCGGUACCUAUUUAUCUACUUGCACUUUGACGUGCUUUUCGAACUGCUAGGUUGGCAGGAGCAGGGACUGAGCAACGGGAGCUCACCCCGUCGUGGGGAUUCAAACUGCCGACCUUCUGAUUGGCAAGUUCUAGGCUCUGUGGUUUAACCCACAGCGCCACCUGCAUCCCUAGGGGUUGAGCUAGUUAGAGCUAAAAAAAAGCAGAUUGAGAACUUGCCCCUGGGGUGGGGCAAGUUAGACCGGGGUGAUCAAAGAGUUGGAGCAGGUGAAGGGGUUGGGGCUGUUUAGGUUGAAGCAGCCUUCCAGAUAUUCUGGACUUCCAACUCCUAUCAGCCCAAGCCAUCGCAGUUGUGAACACUCUUUUUAUUUUUAUCUUUUGGGAUUUAUUUGGUUUUUCAGAUUGAAGUUUUACAAUCACAUAUCCAACAUACAACAAUAAAACAACGAUUCAAGGAAUCUCCUGGACUUCCCUCCUUCCCUUCGUGGGUCCUGUUGUCAAUCAUUUCCUCCUGCAUCUUUUACGAUAAUCCAAAUCUUUUACAUCUCCACUAUGUCAAAGUGUUAUUCCAAUCCUACAAAGAUUUUAGCUGCUUGCAAUGGUUUUUAAGAUAAAUUGUAAAUUUCCCCCAUUCCUUAUUAAAACUUUGGUAUUCCUGAUCUCUGAUUCUUCCGGUCAUCUUAAACCAUUUUGGCAUAAUCCAUCAAUUUACAGUAAUCUGCCAUUCUUCUCUGGUAGGGACUUUAUCUUCUUUCCACCUCUGGGCCAAUAACAUCCACACAGCGGUGGUUGCAUACAUAAAUAGUCCUUUCUGCUCUCUUGGGAUUUCGGCACCUAGAAUUCUUAAAAGAAAGGCUUUGGGGUUUUUUUUUAAGAAAAGGUAAUUUUAAACAUUUUUUUCAACUCAUGUAUCAUUUCCCAAUCAUUUCGGUUGUGAACGCUUUCAUUUUAACAGUCAGAUUUUUUUAAAAAAGGUCAGUGGGCUGCAAUAAAAGCUGUCCUGUUUACCCAUAAAACCGGAAGGAAAACCUACAGUCAGUGUAUUAAGGGAAGUCGAUUCUGCUGGUGGGGCCACGUGACUCUCAUCGGGAACAGAGACUGAUCAGUGUUGGCUCCCCCAUCUCUUUUUUCAGGCUUCUAUUUGAUCUCUCCGUCGGAGUUUGAGCGAUUCUCCCUGAGCACCAGGAAUAUCACGGAGCCACUGUGUGGGCUGGACACGAGCCGUGUGCACGACUCCACCUGCCUCGGGUAAGUGCAGCUAUUUAAGCAGCAGCAGUGGCUUUGAAAGAAAUGAUUGGGGUACCACCGUGACUUCAAGUGCAGGCAAAAUAUUUUAUGGUAGAGGGGAAAACUUGUUUUAUACAUAGCUGGGCUGUCUGCAAACCUGAAGGGGAAGCUUUGUGUAUACAGUCAGGAUGCUGUUGCUUUGCUGAACCGCAGCAGGCCCAGAAUUCUGCUUCCUGAGAAUCUUGGAUCCUUUUUAAAAAAGUGAGUCAAGUUUCUAGUCCUUAAAGCAGCAGAGGAAGAUGUUUGGAAGUGUUGAGUUAUAGAAAUCAGUUAACACCGAAGGGGGAGAAAUCAUGCAAGUAUGUUCAAUUUGCAUAUCUUGUGCAGGCUGCAGGAUUUGGCAUGCUUCACUGCAGAAGAUUUUAAUUGUCUUUGCUGUCGUGAUCAGAUGUUUGUUGUUCCUUUGCAUGCAGUAAACACAACUUUGGCUAUAGACAGAGAGAGCAGCGUGCGUGUUAAAACGUUGACCCUCAGUUGCAAACCAGAGGCGUUGCGAAGUCUGCACGGUUGACAAUUGAUCUGUCCCAGCUCCUGCCAACCUAGCAGUUUGAAAGCACGCCAGUGCAAGUAGAUAAAUAGGUACCACUGUGGCGGGAAGGUAAAUGGCAUUUCUGUGCGUUCUGGCACUCGUCACGUUGUCCCGUUGCACCAGAAGUGGUUUAGUCAUGCUGGCCACAUUACCCGGAAAGCUGUCUGUGGACAAACACUGGCUCCCUCAGCCUGAAAGCGAGAUGAGCACUGCAACCCCAUAGUCGCCUUUGACUGGACUUAACCGUCCAGGGGCCUUUACCUAAUGCCUCUCACUUUCCUGAAUGGAGGCUGAAGAGUCUCAAUUUUUGUUGGGUGGGAUGUACCACAUUGUACGGAGGGAAGAAAUCACCUCUUGCUCCACCCACUUUGCUUUUGGCCCCACCCACUUCCCCCUCUAUCCCCGCCCACCAGCGGAAUGUGGCCCCCGAAAUGUUGCUGAAGAAAGGAUGCGGUCCCUGGGACGAAAACUCUUCCUCUCUCCCAGUUUAAAGCCUGCCUUUCCUCCCUUCAUACCACAGUUACUUUUCGCUUGAGGGGUCCUCACCGUUGCUAUUUUGAUUUUAAACCGUGCUAUUAACUAAUUGUCUGAACGAUGUCAUGUCCAGCCUGGUAACAAUAAAGGCUGCUCCCUUGUCAUUUCAGGAACAACUUCACAGCAACGCCGAAACUGAACCAGGCCAACGGGACUCACGUCCUCCAAGGAUCAGAGGCCAGCCAUUCCCUUGCCAGCAGCGACCGUAAGGGAACGGCCCGAUUUCCUAAUCAAUAUCAGGGAAUAGUGAACAAAAUGGCUUCUUCUGAUUUUGCGGCCAUUGCUGCAGUUCUGAUGUAACCUUUCCCAAUAGCUUGAGGGGAAAGUUAAACCUCUCUGUUUCAAAACUGCUUUAUCCUCGCCAGGCUGUUCCACUGAAAAACGUGAAUUCCACUCUUUGAGAAAACUGCAAGUUUUUGUAAGAAGUUUCAUUUCUCUAGGGUCAUGCCUGCACCAUACAUGCCAAGCGCUAUAGCAGUGCUUUAUACAGCCGUGGCGUCCCCUGAGGAAUCGUGGAAAUGUAGCUUAUUGAGGGUGCUGAGACUUGUUUCCCCCACAGAACUACAAUUCCCAGAGUUCCCUGGGAAAAAAGGGAUUUAUGGUUAAAUUGCACUGGGAAUCGUAGCUCUGUGGGGGGAACAGGGGGGUCCCCUAAACAACUCUCAACACCCUGAAGAAACUACAGCUUCCAGAAUUCUUUGGGGGAAGCCAUAACUGUUUUAAAAUGGUAUAGUGCUUUAUUUAUUUGUGGUUUUUAAAAUUAUUUAUCAUUUUCAUUUUACAAUAAGAACAAUGAAUGAUUGUCCAAAUGCCAAUUACACAUUUAAUUUCAACUUCCCCCCACUUUCCAUGAUUCACUUCACGAUUUUCUUUUCCACUACAUAUUACAAUGAAUCCCUGUCUUUUCAUUUUCUAGUUCUCCAUAAGUCACUACGGGUGAAUUUACUCUGUUCCUGUUUACUUGGGAAAUUACCAUAAGCAUAUUUAAAAGUUAUCUACGAAACCUUUCCAAUCUUCUCUCUCUCUCUCUCUCUCUCUCUCUCUCAUCUCAACCUCUUAUUCUAUUCUAUUCAUUGCUGUAUAUUUUACCACUUCCAUCUGCCACUCUUCCUUUGUUGGCAUUAUACCCUCUUUCCACCUCUGGGCAUAUCAACUUCAAGCUGCUGUAGUUGCAAACAUAAAGAGGGACCAUUGAGCUUUAAAUAUAUGGUGUGAAUGGCCCAAAGUGGGGCUGGCGAGUUCAGAGGCCUGAUCAGGUCCACAAAGCCUGUUUUUUUCUUAUUAGUAGCCAGUCAGAGCCCAUCUUCCCCCUCACAGUGCUGAGGUGAGAUGAAAGACUGAAACCCCUUGUGUUGACCCAGUGCUGCAAUUGUGGGCCUGUGUAUACCUAUGCCUAUCUAUGUAUGUGUGUAUGUGGUGAUUCAGACAUCCGAGUGUGUGUUUGGUGGCCAUUUUGUCCUCAAAACACCACUGGCAUGUGGCCCUCGGACAGUUGGCCAUCCUUGAAUGCGGCCCCUCUGGCUUGAAAAAGUUUGUCCACUCCCGCUCUGGAGAUACUUUAUUUGACGGAAGACUACUCUGUGCUAUUAAAAACAAAACAAAAAGCGAUGUAUCGGGGCAUUGUGGCUUGCCCUUUGUAGUAAAUGGUCCAUCAACAAAGUGCUCAAUGGAAGACAACAGAUGGUUUGAUUUUCUAAGAUGAUGCUGACUGGUAAGGUGCAGACCUGCUGCUGCUUCCUAGGGGAUAUGUCUGUGCUCUCUGCUCUCUGAAUGUCAGCUGCUGGGAGAGCGCUGUGGUGCUCAGGUCUUGUUUGGGGCAACUGUGCCCCUGAAGGACCAGGUGCACAGCCUGGGAGUCAUUUUGGACUCACAGCUGUCCAUGGAGGCGCAGGUCAGUUCUGUGUCCGGGGCAGCUGUCUACCAGCUCCACCUGGUACGCAGGCUGAGACCCUGCCUGCCCGUGGACUGUCUCACCAGAGUGGUGCAUGCUCUGGUUAUCUCCCGCUUGGACUACUGCAAUGCGCUCUACGUGGGGCUACCUUUGAAGGUCACCCGGAAACUACAACUAAUCCAGAAUGCGGCAGCUAGACUGGUGACUGGGAGCGGCCGCCGAGACCAUAUAACAACCGGUCCUGAAAGACCUACAUUGGCUCCCAGUAUGUUUCUGAGCACAAUUCAAAGUGUUGGUGCUGACCUUUAAAGCCCUAAACGGCCUCGGCCCAGUAUACCUGAAGGAGCGUCUCCACUCACAUUGUUCAGCCUGGACACUGAGCUCCAGCUCCAAGGGCCUUCUGGUGGUUCCCUUACUGUGAGAAGUAAAGCUACAGGGAACCAGGCAGAGGGCCUUCUGGGUGGUGGCACCUGCCCUGUGGAACGCCCUCUCACCAGAUGUCAAGGAGAUAAAACUAGCUGACUUUUAGAAGACAUCUGAAGGCAGCCCUGUUUAGGGAAGUUUUUAAUGUUUGAUAUUUUAUCGUGUUUUUAAUACAGUGGUACCUUGGGUUAAAUACUUAAUUCGUUCCGGAGGUCUGUUCUUAACCUGAAACUGUUCUUAACCUGAAGCACCACUUUAGCUAAUGGGGCCUCCUGCUGCUGCCGCACUGCCGGAGCACGAUUACUGUUCUCAUCCUGAAGCAAAGUUCUUAACCCGAGGUACUAUUUCUGGGUUAGCGGAGUCUGUAACCUGAAGCGUAUGUAACCUGAAGCGUAUGCAACCCGAGGUACCACUGUAUUCUGUUGGGAGCUGCCCAGAGUGGCUGGGGAAACCCAACCAGAUAGGUUGUUGUUGUUUGUGAGUUUCUGCUAAUGGCCGUAUGGUGAGGACAGAAGGCUGGAGGAGAUGGACGGGCCUUUAUUCUGAUCUGUCAGCGCUCCUCUAAGGUUCUUCCCCCUUUCUCCAACCCUCAGGGUCUCCGGAUGAACACCAAGCUUCUUUCUCUCCAACGCCAGUGGAUUCACCCAAUAACAGCAUCGACACCCCACUGGAUACCACCGGAGACAUCACCGCUGAGGAAGUGAAGGAUUACUUGGCGUAAGUCUCUACCCUUAUCUUAGACCUAUCUCUAUCUAGCCAUUCCAUCAGACUGCCUCUGUGGGAGGGAGAGAAUCGAUCACAGAAUUGUAGAGUUGGAAGGGGCACCAAGGGUCAUCUAGUCCAACCUCCUACCAUGCAGGAAACUUUUGCCCAACAUGGGGCUUGAACCCACGGCCCUCAGAUUAAGAGUCUCAUGCUCUACUGACUGAGCUGUCCCAGGCUCGCUCCCAUCAGCUUAUCCAAAAGCCCAGCCCCUGAACUGUGCCAGCUUGUCAAUAGAGGAACAACUGUUUAGAAAUUGGUGUCAGGGUUUUGGUUUUUCCUCUUCCGUCCCUGUCCCUUUCCCCUUGUGUGUCAUGGGUUUUUUCAGAUUGUAAGCCACCUUGUUUUGAUUGUAUGUAAGCUGCCCUGGGGGCCUUUUUGGCUGAAGAGUGGGGUACAAAUGUUCUAAAUAAUAUAUAUCUAUUGAUCUAUCUAUAUCUAAACUACAGUGGUGCCCCGCAAGACGAAUGCCUCGCAAGACGAAAAACUCGCUAGACGAAAGAGUUUUCCGUUUUUUGAGUUGUUCCGCAAGACGAAUUUCCCUAUGGGCUUGCUUCGCAAGACGAAACGUCUUGCGAGUUCUUGCGAGUUUGUUUCCUUUUUCUUAAAGCCGCUAAGCUGUUAAUAGCCGCUAAGCUGCUAAUAGCCGCUAAGCCGCUAAUAGCCGUGCUUCGCAAGACGAAAAAACCGCAAGACGAAGAGACUCGCGGAACAGAUUAAUUUCGUCUUGCGAGGCACCACUGUACAUGGCAUGAUGAUGGGAAGACCUGAUAACUUCUCCUUAAAAUCUGUGAAAUGGACGAGGAGUAAACCUAAACAAACCAUUCCAGUGAUUGUUAUUUAGUUUAAAAUGCCUUUUUUCUAUUUAAAAAAAUGUUACGGUGAUAAUGCUUGGUUCUCCUGAUUUGGAUACUGAGAGGAAAAUCUCCUUGUUCAGUGGCAGCAUAUCCCCAAAUGCUAGGGACAAAAUGAUAACCAUCUCUGCCAUGCCUUGGGUUCUGUGAGGCAAAAGCGCAGACUGAAAACAUUUUAAAUAAAUAAUGUUAAAAUCCUGAUCUCUCGCAGGCCAUCGGAGGAAGCAGAGAGAAAUCUGAGGAACAUAAAUGAGGACGAGGCUCGUUCCCCAGGGAUCUUGAUCAAAUGAGGUACGUCCUGUGAAGAGAGGAGAGGCAGGUUUCUAGGCCUCAGGUCUUGCCUACAUAAUUUUUAAGCCUAUUUUUUGUUUUCAGAGGAUAAGGUUGAGGGGUCUGAGCAGAAUGGGGGUUCUGGUUUAGACUUCAGAGCCUAGCAUAGGUCAGCGGCAAGAAAGAAACCACAUUAGACCUGCAAGUCGCCUGGAUUUGACCCGGGAGUCCAUUUUGGGUGAAACCCCUUCGCCUUUCCCACACCUGACACCAGCGGUGGCGGCAAAGGAAGGUUCUUCCUUUGCAGCUGCAACGGGAAUCUUUGCUGCCCUUAAUGGGAAACGCCUGACAUCACGUGACAUGUCCCUGAAGUCAGGUGACUCACUGCCAUAUGACUUAAUGGUGUGCCCGCCUGCAUGUAACCCUCUUUCGGUUAACAGCAGCAGAGCAAAUUUUGCAACGCCAAUUUGACUUAAACCUAAUGCAGGUUUGGAUAGGGUUGCCAUAUUUCAAACAGUGAAAAGAAAAACGUUUUUUGGCAACAUUGUUGAGAUUUUUUUAGUUUUGCCCAAAAUGGUCGAGCUUCUUUUCCGCCAAAAAAUGCCCUUUUCUGCCGUACAUCCGGAUUUUCCCAGACAAAAAUCUGGGAAAUUCCAGAUGUAUGGCAACUCUAGGUUUGGAUAACGUUUUGAUCCCACUGAUUCAGUUUCUUAUUCAUUUUAUUGCCAUUGCAAUGUUUUGGGUUUUUACUAGGCAACUUGAAAACUAGGCAGAGAGUGUAGGCUUUUCAAAAUAAGGAAACUGAAGUUUUGUAAGUGGAUGUGUCUAGUUGCAGAAUAUCCAGCUCAUAAUUCUGUGUUCCUUCUGCAGAUACUACACAAGGUCCCAUUGGCCUGUUUUGGCGCUCGACACCCCCUAGGGACAAAAGACUUUGACUGUGUGGUAACAGACUGUUGGUCUUUCCUAUUCCUCUCCUUCCAGAGACCCUGUUCUGCAUUUUCUUCCUUUUUCUUAAUUACAAAGAGUCAUAAUGUUUUUCUACCGCACGGCCUGGAAGUGGACUCAUGAGGAAGAUUUCUUCGUGCUGGGGGUCUCCCCUAUCACCUCUUCCUCGGUACCUCUCCCAAGUUUGCAAUCACCAACUUCUUCUUUUUUAAAAAAAAAUGAAGAAAAGGAAAAUGUGCCAACCUCUUCGACAGGACCAAGUUGUCUCUUCCGUUGCACAAAAAACACACACUAAAACUCUUAAAACCUUUUUCUAAUAAAGCAAAAACGAGACACAAAGUGGGCGCAUGGGAGGGGCCUGCCUGUGGUGUCAGGAUCCCACCGAGACUGAACCAGCCUCUCUCUUUGGCCGAGGUAUCAGCAUCAAACUUUGCACGAAAAAGGAGCCUUUUUAGAUAUAUACAGACACACUUGACGGAUGGUUUUGUUUCUGCUUCCUGGUACACCUCUCUGAAACCUCUUGGGAUCGAGUGGCUGAAUUGCUCUGUUUACAUACUUCCAGAUUCUCCUUUCCUCCUUUUUUCUGAGAGCUUUUCCACCCCAUCCCACCCUACUUCUGGCAACUUCUUGCAUCAGCCGGCUGGGGAAAACAGGCCUUGAUCAUAUGGCAAAAUGCCUCCCACUUCUGUGGUGCUAGUGGGGAACUCUUUGGAGAAGAGCCCAACCUGAAGAAAUUCUUUUGUAAUACUGGCGGAAAGUUGUUAUUUUGUUCUUGGCUUGCAGAGAACAUUUUGUCUAGCUGGGCAGAAGGGUUUUCUUUCAGCGGUGCAGCUGUACAAAUUGGGUGCGCAAGAGGCAGGUUUUCGGGAAACGGAUCUACGAGGAAACCCACCUGCAGCUGCACAUCUUCCCUCCAUGUGGUUGAAGUUCUAACCAGCCGCUCAAGAGAGCUCUUGUUACCUCUGCAUGGCUGCAAGCUUCGCACCGAAUAAGAAAACGUCCGAGUGAAUUUCCUGCGUCUCCUGUUUGAUGGCGUCCCCCGAUCUUCCUUUUCUAGGAACUGUGCAUUUUUUUAGGAUGGGGGGGAAGGAGGAGGAGAGGUACAUGAAGGGACACUGGAAAUAUGGAACUCAUAAAGUAUAAGUGUUUGCAUCUCGCACUGCAGUGCUCUUUAGGAGCUGUGCCAUUUGCUUUCUCAGCCUUAUCUGAAAGGAUGGCCUUCAAGGUGUUGUGAGACGACAUCUCCCAUCACCCCUGACCCUUGGCCUUGCUGGCUGUUGGGAGUUAAGAGUCAAGCAAUAUUUGGAGGGUCACAGGUUCACACACCCCCCCGACCCAAGGAGCAUUGGGUCCAGUUAUUACCACAGGGUGGCAACUUCCUUCCUGAAAAUUUGGCUUGCUAAUUUUGACACCUUCUGUUUGGUGCCAGCCCUGUGACCCGCCUACGGAGCAAUGAGGUGGCAAAAAACUCAGAUGACAUGCCUAUUAUUUCUUGCCGAGUGAUCUUCAGGUGGGUUUAGGAAGCAGGCUAGUAUGCCGUGAGACUUUGGCGGCAGGUUCAAAAGUGUACUGCUAUUCACACGUGGCCCUGUUGUAACACCUUUAUUACAUUUUAUUUCUGCUGGUUGGUUGGCGAGAGUUAUGAUCAUGCACUGGUGUUUGAAGCCAGUGUGCCUAGUGUGUUAUUAUUUACUCCUUGUCUCCUCCUUUUGCCGCCUCUUAAAAUCUCCCCCCUUAACAGAGAGAGGGGAAUCUGUGCCUUCCAGAUGUCCAGCCAUCAUGGUCAGGGAUGAUGGGAGUUGUGGUCCAUCGACAGCCGGAGAGCCCAAACAUCUUCUGUGCAUCUGUCGGGCAGAGAGGCUGCGACGCCUUGCUUCCCCCAUCUGAUUCUGUCCCUCGUGUCACAUUUUCAUUUAUUUAUGAAUCCUGAACUCGAAAGGGCUCCAAGUCACCAGCUCCAGGCCACCCUCUGAAAACAGCUGCCAAAUCCUCUUUUGCUAUUAAAAGGCAGCCUUUCUUUUCCAGCCAAGCAGUGGGAUGUUGGAAAUCUGUAGGACCUUAUUUGUGUCGAAAGGUGGGACUCUCUUCCCAGCCCCUGGCCCUGGAUUUUUGUAAUCCGCUUUGAGGAUUUUUGGAGAAUGGAUUUGGAGAUGGUUGCAUGCAAUGACUAACGCAAGCCGUGCUCUCUGUUUUUGGGUGAGCCACCUGAAACAUCCAGCUGCAUCUUGCAAGGGGCCAAGCCUGGACUUACCCCUCUUCCUUUGCCUGUGGAAAGCCACAUGCCUCUCUCUUCCUGUGUUUCUUGGGAGGCAGGUGAGUGGGAGGGUGUCAGGCAGUCUUUAAUAUAGGGCUGGGGAACCAGCUUCUCUCGAGAUGUUGUUGCACACCCAUUCCCAUCAUCCAGCAUGGCCCUUGCUCGAGAAUGAUGGAUGUUGCAGCCCAGCAAACACUUGGAAGGCCCAGAAUUUCCUCCUCUACCUCUGCUUUUAAUAAGCAGUCAUCUCUUACCUGUGUUUCUUUGGCAUUACCUCCUGCUGGCAGAAGCUCUGGCCUUUGCAGCCUGUCUUGUGGCCAAGGUAACCUUUGCAGCGACGAAGCGCUGAGUUCAGGUCUUGGCUUGUUUUGUUUCUUUCUUCUUUCGCUGAGGUCUUACAGUAUGAGUUGUUUCCUCAUUUUUUGUUCCCACCGCUGACAUUUUAGUGCCAAGAAGUUUGGCCAAGUGGGAGAGAAGGGGAGCCAGCCAUUAUAUAUAUUGGGUCUCGGGACAGGUACAGACGCUGGCUCAGGCCUGGAACAUGGAGCAGCUUUCUCCAACUGGGGCUGUUAGGAGUUGUAGUCUAGAACAUCUGGAAGGCACCAAGUUGGCGAAGGCUGGUAUUAAGUCUUAAAAUAGUGCGGGCUCUGCCUUAGAUUGUGGCUGUCUGUUCCAUGCGUGGGAUCAUUUCCUCACUCUUAAUGCCCAGACGUUGCCUCCUGAUAAUGACGUUACAUGAAACUCUUUGUCAGACAUUUUUUUUUUUUUUGGUACGGUUUGAUUCCUCGCCCCCUCCCCCCAAAACCCAGGCGUGCAUGUGAGAGUGUGUGAUUUUGCACGGGUGCGCAUGUUUGUGAGCGGAUGACAGAGCAGAGUUCUAUAGUGGAGACGUGCCAUUGUGUGUCUUAAUAUUUUUUUAUUUUGGCAGACUUAAUUGUGGAAGGGAGUUGGGGGGGGGGGUUAGUUUCCUUGGUAGAAUGUACCCUCUCUGUUGGGACCUUCUUUGUUUUGCUCAGAUGAUGGAUUUAGCAUUGUUUAGUUAUUAAUACAGGUUUUUAAUAAUGGAAAAAAUAAAGCAUUUAAUAAUACCUUAAGCUUAUGUGUGGCUUGUUGUUCCAGGUUCCCUGUUAAUUGUGGGUUCAUUAUGACUUUGUGCUCGUGAUGGUUUGGAGGAAGCUAAAUGUGAUCAAUACUGUUUUGUGUCUGCAAAGCAUUCACAAUAUACAGCUUGGUUUCCAGUCCGUUCAUAACCUGUAGGUCCCUGCAGAAAAUCCUGCAGCUGUUUAUGCCAAAAACAUUCUGUUUUAUUUUUUAGGUCUCAUGUUUUGUUGUGCUAGGGUGCCCUUCCAGAUGGGAGUGAUGCAAUAGCAAUGGGAAAACGUCACAGAACAGCUAAGCGAGUGGAAUGUGCGGACAGCCAUGUUCAAAC